GCUGCCGCUGCCUGCAAGCCCGGCGAGCGGGACGCGGGCAAGGCUGCAGCGCCCGCGGAAGGAGGCGAGCGCCGGGUCCUCGGGGCGGGCGGAGGCGGAGGCUCCUCGCAUGUGAUCGACGACGGGCUCGCCCAGGGCGGGACGCGGCAGAUCCGGCGGGCAGGUGUUGCUCUCGGAGGGGAUUCCGGCGCGAGGACCGGGGCAGGAGCGAAGACCCGGCUCUCCCUCUCGGCCGCGGCGGAUUGCGCGCGGCUAGGGGGCGCCACUCGCCCGCUCCGGUUUCUCUCUCGGUCUUAGCCCAGGGACUUGCACUCGAGGGCAGGCAGGCAGGCAGUGGCGGGAGAGCGAGCUGCCGCGGACGCUGCUUCCUGGCGGGUCGCGGGAGCCGAGGAUGUGGUGGUGGGAUGCGCGGGUGACGACGCUCUUCAAGAGGAACCUGCAGCCCACGCUGACCUACUGGAGCGUCUUCUUCAGCUUCGGCCUCUGCAUCGCCUUCCUGGGGCCCACCCUGCUGGACCUGCGCUGCCAGACCCAGAGCUCCCUCUCGCAGAUCACCUGGGUCUUCUUCUCGCAACAGUUCUGCCUGCUGCUCGGCAGCUGCUUGGGAGGCAUUUUCAAGAGAACGUAAGGCGACCCCCCCCCCCCGCCCCGCAUCUCCUUCUCUCUCCUCCCCCAGUUGCUGGUGUUUCGCUCUCCGGCCAUUAGCGUCGCCUGCCUACCUACCUACUCCCCCCCCCCCCAGCCCGCUUUCCUUCUGGAAUGAGAAGGGUCCUGAUGCCCAUGAGAAGCUGCGUGUUCCCCCCCCGCCCCAUCUCUCACCUGGUCCCCCUUUCAAAGCCUCCUGAGAGGUCUACUUUGCAACGUGGUCUGUGCCAGGCUUUGCCCUGCAAAUCAGUACCCCAUCCUUACAGUGAUCUAUUCCUAUCAGCCUCUGUGACGCUCCAGCCUCUCUCUUGGGUCUCUAACCCUUCUUACUUAGGGAUCCCGGGCAAAGUUAGGUGCACCUGGACCCAGGGGGAGCAGUGCCCAGCUCCUCGUAGAACCGGGAUGCACAGCUGCAUUUCUGCCAACGCUUGGGUGAAUGAACUCAGCAGGGUUUGUUUCAGAACAAAUGGAUGUGCAUAGGAACCGUUGAGCUUGAAGCCGCCUGGGGGGAAACGUAGUCUGUGAAAGUGACGUGGUGCCUGUUUAUAACACGGGCACCUGAAGGUCUCUUGAUGGUUGCUACACAUUCAUCACUGUGGCUUGGGGAAUUUGAUUGAAGUCUCCAGGGACAGGGAGUUCUGCUGUUGUUGGGCAGCCAUGCAGAAAGCCCAACGGUGUGGCUGCUCAGACCUUGUGCAUGGAUGGUAAGAUGCACUGUGCCUGGGUUAAUUUUGAGUGUGUGCAUGGCAAUGGAACAGAAAAAAUGGGAGAUAUUGUAGAACGGUGGUCAUGUAGAGCUUUGGUGGUCAACAGCUCUAGUUCAGUGGUGUUUACUCAAUGCCAUGACACCUCUAACCAGUUCGAGAGACAGAGUGGCCAAAUUUAUUUUUUGCCAGACAUGCUUCUGUGCCUGUAGUAGCAGCCUCCCAUGUCAAAAUCUUGCAGCUCCAGCAGUACAUGUUUAUCUGUGUAGACCACUUUCAAAAAUAAAGUAAGAAUGAGGCAUAUUUGCAGUACAAUUUCAGAAGAAGUGAAAAUUCAGUUGCCCUGGGAACAAUUAACCACUUAAGCUUCCCCAAGACCUUCUUGUGAUUGUCAAUACAACAGAGGCUAUCUUUUUCCAUUUUGUUGCUUUUUUAGCAAGUCCAGGUUCUUGCAGAUGGGUCCUGUUCAGUGAGCAUGUUGUCAUCGUCCAAGCAGUGGCGUAGUGUGGGUUGCCAGCGCCUGGGGGCAGGGCAAGUGUUGCACCCCCUGGUGGACUGGGCAGCUGGGGUGGAGGUGUGCACCCAAGCCUUGAAGGCCUGGACACAGCUUGCCUUCCAGUGUCUCUGGAAGGUGGCAGGAGCUCAGCCACGUGGUCUUGAUAAGGGAGUCUGUCAUGGGGGAACCUGUUUGCACCUCUCUCCGAAUUUUACACCCAGGGCCACUUCCCCUCUGUCCAUCCCCCCGCCCCAUGCUACGCCACUGCAUCCAAGUCUUUGCUUCUGAAUUCUUUAUACAGCGGGCAUUGGGAUAAGCAAUGUGGCAGGUCUUGUACAAUGUCUCAGAUUUUAAAGGAAUUUUACUGUAACUACUAUCCUGGGACUGUGCCAGGCAUCUGCUGAAUUGCACGAGGGUCAGAGGUUUCCUGGUUGGGUAUUUUUGGAAGAGCUGGUAGCUUUCUCAUCCAAAAUGUGUGUGAGCAUAUGAUUCCAGGAGGCAGCCUUGACUGAACUUGAUUUUAAUAUCUUGGGUUGUGUAUGUGUGAAUGCAUCUCUCCCUCUGUCUUAACUAGAGCUUUUGCUACUGCAGACCUUAUGGUCUUGUGAAACCAAGAAAGGACCUUAUGGUCUUGUGAAACCAAGAAAGCCCUCUUUUUAAAAAGACAAAGCUUACAAUACUCUUGAUCAUAAUGUUGUAUCUCCUAUGUCUAAUAUUUGUAUCAGAAGUUAAAUAGCUUAAUGUGGACACCCAUUUCAAUGAGUAACAAUUCAGUCAUAAGAAGCAGAAAGGAUGCACUUUGGAGAGUUCCUAUUAUUGAUCAAAGGGGGGUUGUAUUCUGAGUACUUUUCAAGAUUUGAUAGCUCAUAAUGGCAACACAUUCCAUCCUUGUUGUAGGAGUAAAUUGGCAGGUAAUAUCUGCUAUUCCACAUUGAAAAGUUGGAGGUUUUCCUGGCAAGCGUUCCACCAUCAGGUUGUUUAAAGGCAGCAGAGGCAGUAAAACAAAAGUUGACUAGUGUUGGUAGCAGCGUCAUGGAAUUUGUUCACCUAUUGUGAGCUAAAUUCACAUUUAGCUCAAUACUCUUCUUUGCUCCUCUCCUGCUACCUUCCUGUCUUUCUUUCCCCAUUGGCCUAAGCCCUUCACCAGUGUCUCUGUUCCACUGGCAUCUGAGAAACCUUUCCCACCACCCCCAUUCCUUUCCGUCUUCCUUUUUUGCCUGUGUUUAUCUCCUCUUUUGAAUUAUUUAAGGGCAUAUCUUCAAAAGCAUUCAAAGGGCUCAUCUAAAUAAGAUCAAAGUAAUCUGGGUGCUUCUUGAUCGAGCCAAAAAUAAUUUAGACUGGUUUGACACAGAAGCCAUGCAGAAUGAGCUUUAUAUAACUUCUAGAGCCCUGAGUCACUUGCGUGACUCCCCUGAAAUCAACACGGCUGCAGGAUUUUUGCUCUGUGGGACCCUGGCUCUGUUGCAGAGCCUACGCAGGCAGACUCUCGGAUCUGCUUGCUGUUCCUGUGAUGUCAGCAUGGAUAUCUGAGGUCUCUUCCCACAUGGAGCUGGUUUCAGAAUUUGGGAAACUGGGGGCAUAUGGCAUGAUCAUGCAAAAACAUAUGUCGUUGAGGAAACAGAACUUUGCUGUACAUGGACAAGGAAUCCUCAGGCUGCAGAAAUCUGCUCAGGGAUUUCUCAAUGUGUUUUUCUGUAACCCAGUGGUUCUCUUGUAAAGGACCUGUUUUAAUAACCUUGAUGUCAAAACUCAAGCUGGCCUCCCAUUCUCCAGAAAGUUGGCAAGCAACAUCCAGUGUCAAACAAGCACUUAAAGGUUGACGUAGGAUAAAACAGGCACAGUAAAGAUUCCAUUGUCACACAGCGUUGCUGGAAAGAACAGUGUUAUGCUUGACAAUUCAUCAAUGAUACCAUCAAUGAGGAAUUAGUGUCUCUCGCAUAGAGAUCACUUUAAAACAAACAGCUUGUGAGUGGUGACUCCUCUCUCUCUCUCUCUCUCUCUCUCUCUCUCUCACACACACACACACACACCAAUCUUCCUUUGCUGUAACUCCUUAGCUGCUGUCGAGCACCAAUCUUGCUUGGAUUUGUUUUAGGACUGAAACUUCAUGCUAAUAUUUAAGUGCUACUUUUGAGGCAUUUAACUUAUGAACAUCUUCAAACUACUGUUUAACUGGUCUACAGAUAUAUUGGCUUUCUCAGGAUUAUAAAUUUGAGAAUUGAACCCAGGCUAAAAUCUGCUGCUUUAGACAAGCCUCAGGGGACACAAUGGAUUUUACUUAUCUGUAAACAUGCAUAAGAUUUUGCUGUAAAGUUAUUAGCACUUAGAUCCCUUUGGAAUAUGUAAAAUUAAUCCUGAUUUAGUUCUCAUUUAUUUCAGUGGGAACAAAUUCAUGGUUAGUUUUGCAUAGAUUCUAAAGGGACCCAAGUGCAACUUACUUAUCCUGGAUCUAAUCUUGAGCAUUUUAAAGAUUGGAGUUAUAGUUGAUUAAACCAGUCAUCUGAUUAUUAAGCAAGGCAUGAAACUCACUGAGGGACCUUGAGCCAGUCGCUCACUCUCAGCCUAACCUACGUCACAGGGCUGUGAGCAUCUGUGUCACCUUGAGCACAUUGGACGAGAGGCAGACUAUAAAUGUAAAAAAAAAAAAAAUGAAUCAAGCAGAAAACCCCUAUCUUGCUUAUAAAUAUUAUAUUUACAUUAUAUUUAAAGAGCUAUUUCUUUACUGAUUCAUGCUUUAAAGAUCCCUCUGAAAACACAUUGCUCCAAUCAGGGCAAGCAUGUAGAGUAAUCAAAAUAGUCUUCUAGAUAGAGAGCACAAUUCAACAGGGAACAAUUCUGAUUAAAAUUAAUUACACCAAUUAUUAUUUUUCAGCCCUACAAUUAUGGACUGGGUUACUCAGCUAUCAUGGCGUACUAGCCUAUAUAAUUUUACGUUGUUUGCACAGCACAUUAGAAGUACAACUCCAGCUCUUUUAACUGUUGAUAUGCCAAGGUUUGCUUUAUCCCAUAUAAUAACCUGGUAUAAACCUGACGAUGUUGAUGGGAGUUUCUGUCCAAAACAUCAACACCAGGUUGACGUUGGCUGCUAUUAUACACACAUACUGACCUGCUGCAACAUUGGGGUGUAGUAGUCCAGGACACUGUUUGGAAACAGAGGCAGAAAGCUGCUCCCCAAACUGCAACCAUAGAAUCAGAGUUGGAAGGGACCUUGAGGGUCAUCUGGUCCAACCCCCCGUGAUGCAGGAAUCUCAGCUAAAGCAUCCAUGACAGGUGGCCAUCCAACUUCUGCUGAAAAACCUCCAAGGAAGGAGAAUCUUCAGCCUCCCGAGGGAGAUGGUUCCACUGCUGAACAGCUCUUGCUGUCAGAAGCUUGUUGGAAAUUUAGUGCAGAAGACCCCUUGCUUCUGCCAACUAAAUUCUCGAUUGUGCUACCUGCACUGCUCUCCUUUGAUGCAGUCAUGCCAGAUACGUGGGCUUCUGAUCUAAUAGAUACUUAAUGUCUUCUGUGGAUCUGGUGACCUGGGGAGCAGCAUACCUUUGAACUCCUCAUGAGAGCUGGUGAUGCGCUGACAGUGGGUCGUAAGUGUGCUCCUUCCAUCUGAGGUCACUGAGAAAACAUUGAGCACAGGCCUGUCUCUGCAGAGCAUCUGGAAAGUGCAUGACUCCUUAAUUUCCUUUGACUCCAGUUACUGCCCAAGAUACUAUGUGUUCAGAAGCUGGCUUCAUCAGCAACAUUUCUUCUAAGCAGAAAGUAUUUCCAUGAUGCAGGAAGUAAUUCACCACCUCCUGUGUGCAGUUUGGCAGCUAGAACGUGUGUGUGUGUGUGUGUGUGUGUGUGUGUGUUGCUUCGUACAGAUGUACUGUGACACAGCUCCUUACCAUACACACACCAUAAAUACACCCAGAGAACUCUGUUUUUGUGCAUGUGCUAUCUACACAUGGAUUUUGUGUAUGAGCAGCUUGACAUAGGAAGUAAGCACUCGGUAGGCAAACUUAUCUAUGGACUCAUGUUACUGGUUGAGUAAAAACAUCAAGGUUUCAAAAUCAGGGAUGUGGGAACCUGUAGCCUUCCAGCUUCUCCUGGACAACGGCUCUCCUCGUCCUUGCUGGCUGGGGCUGAUGGGAGUCAGGAUCUGACAAGAUGGAGAACCACACACAUUCACCAUUUAUGCUUUAAAUCGACAUAUUCACAGCAGUUCCUAUUGAGAGUGGGAAGUCAGUUCCCCAACAUUUAAAAGCUGUAGCAGAGAUUAAUUCUUUGGCUGUAAUCAGGCUGUGGUCAUUAUUUCCUAUUCUGUGAUGUGCUUUCUUGAUCUUGAGCUGGGAUUCUCCAGCCUGUCUGCACAGUAGAACUAAUUAGAACACAUUUUUUAGACUGACACCAUUGACCAAUUUGUAUCCUAUUUACUGAUUCUCAGAAGUUCAUACAAAACUUACAAAACAGAAGACAGCUAAUUACUUGCCAUCCUACAAAAAUGAUUCUAGGGGGCUUUUCUGCCCAUCCCAUGUAACAGUGCCAGCUCUCAGCAUGGACAUAUAUGAAUUGGUGCUUAUUUAUUUCAUAAUGUAAAUUCCAUUCUGCUAAUACUUGUUUAAAGGAGCUUUAAAAUGUAGCUCAGUUAUGUAAAUGAUCAAACACACAAUCAUUAAGCUCAAAACAAAUAAGCUGUGUCCCAUCCUAAUAAAAACUAUUAGUCACUAAAAAAAAAAAAUCCCUCAAAGCAUGCUGAGAGGAAGUUGCAUAGUCUGAAUGGAUAUGCACUCUUUCCCCUCACAUCCCAUUGGAAUAGUAGUACUUGUAUAUGGUCCUGCCAACCUAGCAGUUCGAAAGCACGUCAAAGUGCAAGUAGAUAAAUAGGUACCGCUCCGGCUGGAAGGUAAACGGCAUUUUCGUGUGCUGCUCUGGUUAGCCAGAAGCGGCUUAGUCAUCCUGGCCACAUGACCCGGAAGCUGUAUGCUGGCUCCCUUGGCCAGUAAAGCGAGAUGAGUGCCGCAACCCCAGAGUCAGUCACGACUGGACCUAAUGGUCAGGGGUCCCUUUACCUUUACCUUUACCUUUAUAUAUGGACACAACUGAUCAGUCCCCAGCUCUUCCAAGCAGGACGGGGAAAUACUUGGUUUCUGAAACCCAUGGAGGAAAGCUACAUCUAGUAUAGGCAAUAGGGAGCCAAAUGAAGCAAUGACCUGGCUCUGUGUAGGGCGGUUUCCUGUGUUCUUCACUAUAUUUUCAGUAACUCUUUCAUAUAAUCAUAAGCAUUGGAAGAUACCUCAAGGUCCUCUAGUCUAGUCCAACUGCCUGACAGUGUAGGAAAUCUGGUGCUACAGCAUCACUGAUAGGCAGCUAUCUAGUCUCUUAUUAAACCUCUAACAAAGGAGAGUCCUGUCUCCUUCCAUGGCAGUCUGCUUCACUCAGUGUUUGAAACUCCCAUUGUUCUAGGCGCAUUUUGCGACAGGGAAAACUGCCACUACUGGAAGGAAAGGAGGACCUGUUUCUGCCUCCCCACUUCCAGCUACUUUCUGAAGACUGCAGAAGAGACCCUCUUAAGAAUAUUAGGGGGUGGGCAGGGGAAGGACUAGACCACGUGAAAAAUGAACAUAAUAGUUUAGCUGCAGUUCAUUCAUUUUCAGCUUUGUAUUCUCGUUAUAAAAAAAAAAGUGCCUAGACAUUCUGUUGUUGUACCCAUAGCCUAGGAUUAAGGUGCCAUUUAGCUCCUAGCUUUCAUAUCUCAGUUUCUAACACUGGUUUCACUGUUAAACAAGUUGAACUGUUAGCAGAUUCUUCUCAUGUUUAAUCAAAAUUCACUUUCUUGAAAUUUGAACCCAUUAAUUUAGAUCUUACUCUCUGCUUCAUCUCAGUAACAGCCCUUUGAAGAAGCUUUAAUGUCUAUGUAUAGAAACGCAGCCAAACCAUGAUGGGUCUUUUUAGACCCCAAAACAGCAUGAAUCUUUGUUACUGGAACUUUUCUUCUUCUUCUGCAAUAAAUGCAGCGUAGGUGAGAGACUUCUGUACGUCUUGGUCCCCCUACUAGGGAGAUCUAAUUUGUGAGUCUUGUAAUCAGUUAGCUUAUGCUAAUACACACAACGGCCUGCUGUGUCUCAAAAAUUAUCAGUCCAUCCAUCAUCUAAAUUACAGUAAAUGAGCAAGCUAGCACAUUGGGCUGUGGUGAAUCCUAUUCUUACUAUAUUUGGAGAGAGAAUUGCAGUCGCCCCUUGCUUCAAGUGUACUGCUGGAAGACACUGCAUUUUUGGCCUUAGCAGCUGCAGACCCCAAGCACGCCAAAGUGACAACAACCCAAACUCAGGGAAAUGUUGGCUUGCAGUUCAGGUUUAGAUCAUCACAAAAGUUUUUUAUUAUCUUUAGACGUCUCUAUGUUUUUGACCAAGUCCAACUCCCAAGACUCUUUGAAGCUGGAUUGGCUCGUUGCGGGUGGGGAAACACAACCAAAUGCAAUAAGGCUCGAGAUGCUAUCACAAGACCUGGCAAUGCUACUCUGCUGCUCUUGUCUGUCUCACUGCACACCCCUCUUGUGCUGAUCAACAGGAUGUUGCUAAAAGCAAAGCAUCUCAAGUUGGAAGAAGCUGACCAGUUAAUAGCUCCAGCUCCACCCCAACACGACGCAUUUUAGGACUGAAGGCAUGCAUAGAUUUGUACUGCAUCCACCCCAUGGUAAUAUUUCCUUCCAUAUGUUAGUAAGUGUUAAGGGAUGUUGCUUUCUGUAUUGUCAGCUCUUAAUGCCCUGUUGUUGAGAUGAUGGGGGAAGUGUGUGGUGAUCUGAACUUCUUUAAUCCUGCAAGGAAGGGCUGGCCAGCCUGUACAUUGCUAUUGGCUGCUGCCUUGUAAGUGGCUCUGUGGUUUUACUGAAGGUUGGCAAGACGUAUUAAAGAGCUCUGUUUUGCAAUAUUCCCUGAGCCAGGUUUCUAAGAGAGCUUAAUAUGGAGCCUUCCGAUGUGUUCUGAUUUGGGAUGCUGCAAAGAAUGAAAUAGCUCUGAACACUAGUCCUGUUUUUGUGCAUAUAGCAUCUCUCCCCCCCCCCCCCCGUCCUUUGCAAAUAGAAGGGAGUCUGCUGCUCUUCUGCCUGCUAUUUCCUCUGUGUUUUUCCUGCACACAAAAACAUACACACACAUAUAUUUUCUCGCUGCUCCUUCUCAUCUGCCUUCCAUCCUACCUGGGUUUUCUUAAAGUGCUUUCCUAGUUUACACAUUAUGCUUUUUGAGGCUCAUUCUUUUCCCCACUGAAAAGCCUCCUUUAGCACAAUCUGAGAAGAAGAGAUGUUGGAAACAUUCAGCAUGUUUUGGAAUGACUGCACCUGCUUGUUUUAGCUCUUUCCCCACCCCUGAUUUUUAAAAGCAGGGGUUUUUUUCUUUAUGAUUGCAUUUUGAGCCAUUUCUGAAAGCAGAAGUUUCUGUUGAGUUUUCUAGGCAAGUUUGUCCAGAAUGUACAUUUAUAAAAACAUGAGAGAGACAGAGAGACACAGAGAGAAACAUGGGAGCAUCAGAAGAAUCUUGUUCAAUAGGACCAAAGAUCCACCUAGUUUAAUACUUUGUUGCCAGAGGUGCUGGAUGCCUGUGAAAACCCUACAAGGAGGACACUGGUGCAACAGCCCUCCCCAUUUGUAUAUGAAGCCCUGGUGUUCAAGGUACACUGCCUUUGAACAUGGAGGCUCAGUAACAUGGUUUUGUGUGCUCCAAAUUCCAUUUAGAAAGCUUUACUUUGAUUGUAUCCUCUAGAGACCUUUUGCUAGCCUUAAUGGCUUUCAUAAAAGCACUUUCAACCUCCUCUUGCAGUGCUAGUGGGAAGCAAGAGUUCUAAGGGGAGGAACGGACAUAAUAGUGAACAGAGUUUUUAUAUUUGCAGCACAGACACAGGAAAAUGCAAUAAGUUUAUUUAGCAGUAUGUGUGAAGGAGCCUAUACUAUUCUCUCUUAGACCUGGAUUCCAACUUAUAGCAGGGAGUGUUAAACAUGCCCUUCUUCACCUCAGAGCAGUUUUAUUGUGUGGUGACACUGUGUUGAUGCAGAUGGCCAGGCUUUGAUGCUAAGCCACUGAGCAGCCACCAAGAGCCACUAUGUCUGCAUCAUCAAGUUAGAAUAGUCUCUAAACACUGCUGACCUGAUGCUCCACAGUGAAUGGUGUUGUUCCAAAAUCUGGGGCCACCACAGAAAAGGCCCUCUCGCAUGCUUCCACCUUGCAGACCUCCAAGGGCACUGGAGUUGCCAGCAUUGUGUCUCUUGUGGAUCUUAACUCCUGAGCUAGUGUAUAAAGGAGGAAGUAGUCUUUCAGGUAUUUGGAAAUCAAGCCAUUUGGGGCUUUAUAGAUCAAAGAUAAGAUAUUAAAGUGGAUAGGCAGCCAAUACAAUUAUAUCAGAAGCAGUGUGAUAGGAGUGCCAGUCAUUAGUCCAGAUGCUGUUUUGCACUAGCUGCAGCCUCUGAGCUGUCUGCUGCCCCUGUUGACCCUGCUGCCCAAGGCAGUUGCCUCACCUUGCCUUGUGGGUGGGCCGGCACUGCAAGCAAGUGGUAUAGAGAGGACUGUUUUGUGUUCCUGGUGCCUCCAAUGGGCCCUGAUCGAUACUUAGCAUCCGUCCCAGAGAAUCCUAAAAAUCUCAAAAGAAUUUGUGGCUCUCCAAUUGAGGUGGCGUCUUGUGGUGUGCUCUUAAGACAAACAGGCAAUUGAAUUUCAGAUACGAUAUUAGGAGGCAAGCAGUUCCUCCAUCCUCCUCAUGGCCAGGCCCAGGGGAUCGAUGCAGUGGAGCAAAAAGCAGGCUAUUGCGAUGGUUGCUGGCAGUGCAUAACAAAGCUUUUUCAUAAUCUCUGUUAUAGAUUAGGGAACGAAACUUGGUCUUUACUCCCCAAUUGCCGCCAUCGCCACACACACUCUUUUAAGUAGCACAGAUCUUUAUGCUGCUGCCCACAAGCAAUGAUUGAUUGCUUAACUGCUCUGUGUGCUCUUAAGCCAGGCGAAGAUAGAGGGGGAAGCUGUUCCUGUUAAUUCUACAGAGCACGCAUUGAGUUCCAGUCUUGGCGCAGUUCCCAUCUCCAGCGUAUCUGUUGCUUGCACCUGCAUCUUUAUCCCCUGGUGUGCUAUUUUGUCUCCCAGAGGUGUCAUUCUGCAGUUCUGGACCUGUUGCUGAGGCAGCAUUAGCAUUUGGCAGUUGUUUUUCGUCUGGCGAUCCUAAAUUUUGUUCGCAUGGCUGUGUGUUUUUACAUUAAGCACCAACUUACGGUAGGCUGCUUACAUGAUGCCCUCCUUUGUAAGAAAUUGCACGUGUGGAGUACAUCCAUGUAGCUGCAAACACAGCAAGUCUUUCCUAUGUAGGAAAUCUGUUGCAUUUGGACAAGUCUUGAGGACAUUUGCUAUUUCAGAGUGGGUGGGUUUUUUUGUUUUUUUGUUUUGUUUUACUAGGUUCACCUCAAAUACUGUGAGUAAACUGGUCCAGUUUACUGAUUCAUCACUUGCAUCAAAUUCAUAAUUAGGCCCAAUAUUAAUUUCUUUAUUUGUGUAAAAUGCUUAAAUACAGUUUACAGGAUGGAAACAUACCACAAUGAAUUUAUAAAGGCAACCAUAGACAAUAAAAUCAUCCAGAAACACAAAUGUUCAAUAUCAAACGACAUUCGGUAACAAAAUGCAACUAAAACCAACCGUGGCUCAACUGGUCUUCCUGGGGAAGGCCAAGAACAUCAGGUGUCCCUUCAGAGCUUUUGAGUAGGUCUGCUGGCCUCCAGGUGUCAGGGCAUGCCAAAGGCAUGGGGACCACGGUUUGACUGACUUCAAUGGGAGAAAGUGGAAAGAUGUCUCCCUCUGGUAUCAUGAUCCCAGCAGCUGGAGAAAGAGCUGUUGCAAUCUGCUAGCUGCAUUGGACCUAGCGUGCAGUCCUUGUAUGGGAUUGCAGGCACACAGUGUGGCCAUAACUAAAUAGAUGAACAGGCUUUUAAGUAUGAAUUGCAUUUCCUACCCAGUAUGGGAGCUGUAGCUCUUAUUUCUUUAUUUGUAAGAAUACUUUUCUACUGCAAUUUCAUACACACACAGAGAGAGAGCUUUUUAUUUUAAAAAAAUGAGGUGCUAUUACCCAUCUUGAUUAAAGUGGCAUGGGUUCUGGCACAAAAUGGCUACUGCAGGCAGCAGGAAAAACAUGAUGGUACUCCACACUGGGGGGGGGCCACAAAAACAUACAUAUUCUCCCUGCCCCCUGCCCCCUGCCCCCCCGCAAUCCUCUCUUACUGUAUAUAAAUAUAGAUAUGUGUGAAUUGUUGCCCCUUUGAAAUUUGACCUGUGCUCAAGGGAAGCCCCAUAAAAAAACAAACCCCCCCACCAUUCUCCGAAAUGUAUCUGCAGCUACACAGAUGUGCUCCCUACAUCUGACGGCCAACACACAGGUCCACCUGCUUGAGGCAUUGCGGCCACCCACCACCCAUUGUAGCUGGCCCCUCCCUUCCCUAGCUGCCACUACAUGGGCUUCUGCAGAUCUAUCCUGCCCUGAGGGACACAGAAAGAAGCAGGCACAGUUUCUUCUAAACAAAGAAGUUUCUUUUCCAUUUUAUUGUAGCUUUAAAAAAAGAAGAAGUGGUGUUUAUUGCUGCAAUAAGUUUAUCUAAACCGCUUUUUUAUGUCGACCUGAGAAGCGGUAUAUAAAUAUCUCAAAUAAAUGAAUAAAUGCACACUCACAACCCCAUGUGCAAACAACCAGAAUUGCAGAUCACCACCUAGCUGUGAAAAAGAGGCUUGUCCGCACAAGCCCUGGCAGUGUAAAGUUUUCAACAAACACCUAAAAUUUCACAUUAAAAGAUGCCUAGUGAAUCUCUAUUGGAAGAGCAUUCCAUAAGACUGGGUCAGCGAUACUGGAGGCUCUAUUUCACGUUCAUAUCAAUGAGCCUCACCAACACAGGGCAGAGGGGAUGGGCACAGCCAGAGAUGCUCCUGCAAAUAAUCUCAGGGAGGGUUCAGGUGGUCGCUGAGGCCCAAGCUUAUGCAACCCUUAAGCAUUAGAUUUUGUCCCAAGUCAUUCUGAGCCCAUAUAGUGCACUUACAGAACUGCUGCUAAAAAGAACUGUUAAGAAUUUCACCUUCCAUUGUUCUUUUAAAGUUUCUUGUCCCUAACAUUACAAAGGUAGGCUUUAAAGUGUGAGUGAUGUCUGGCUCAGUUGCGCCAGAGGGAUGCUGAGCAGAAUUCCUCCCAUCUGCUGCCUCUCACUUCUUGCUCCUUCCCAGGUCUAGCAGAAGCCGAACCAUGACCUGACAGAUGCAUGUCCCUGUUCAAAGCAGCAGUGUGCCCUAGAAGCCACUGAGAAUGAAGACAUCACUCUUCCUGUCUAAGGGAGAUUUAUAUGCGGCUGCUUCUGCUCCCUGACUCCACACUGAUUUUGCUUCUCCCAGCCUUUCGCUGCCUGGUAUCUUAUUGCCUGCCUGUUUUCAGUCUUCAGCAGCUUCCUCCUUAGCAGUGGGCUGAUCAGCUCCUUGGCCGUAGUGUGAGGUGUUCUGCUUGCAGGAGGGAGCUGGACCAGGAAGCGCCAGUCUGGGUUCUUGUCAGCAUUGCUCUUUCCUUCAUUGUGAUUUAUUCAUUGUUAUAUUUAUAGGUAAAGGCGCCAUCUUCUCCGGAUGAUUGAGGGGUCCCAACACCACGCAUGUGAUGUCACAGGACAUCCUGACGUCACGUGUGUGAUGUCAUGAGGAGCCAGAGGGCGGAGCAGAAUCCCUCUGAACAUUUUGUGUGUGCGCACAGCCCUCGAAGUCCCCCCUUCCUGGGGACCCAACUAGGCCUGCCUCCCUCCCUCUCUCCCGGCAUGUAGCUCUUGUGUGGGGCUUUCUCGGCUGGUGGCUGGUGGGUAAAGUAAUGGGGAGCUGCCAUUGCAGCUCCUUGCCAAAGACUCAAGGAGCCCUAGAUAUGCCUCUGUUCAGAUCAGCUCUCCUCAUAGUAUCUUGUGAUUACAUAUAAUCAUUUUUCCAUGUCUUUCUUAAUUAAGACUUUGAGUAAUUUUCCUGUUCAUUAAAUGUUUCCCAGCACCCUCCUUCAUCCGUCUACAAAACAAUGCAAGAUGAAGCAAAAUUGCCACACCUAGCCGAUUUUCUCUUAAGGCAUACAGUGUUUUAUGCAUUCCAUCAGUCUAUUCUUUCAGCGUUCCAGAUAUAAGAGGCGUCACAUAACAGUACUGUACUGGAAAGCAAUUAGUUGGUUCUGCACAGUAAAAGUUAGGCACGAGCCUUUCCAAUUUAGCUAGACCACAGGCUCAAAAGAAAAAGGAAUCUUUAAAAUGAUACAGUUUUAAAGAUGAUUAUUUUCUCCAUCAUGCCUACUAGUUAGGAAGGUUGUAGCACUGCUUUCAGGAUAAGAGGCCACAUUGGAAAGCCCAAGUGAAUAGAGAUCGACACAAGCGUUCAUGCCUGAUGCAGGGCAGAUCCAGAGACAGGUUCUGCCCCCCCCCCAUUCUAAAUGCAGUUCUUCCUGCAGUGUAUGUGGCAGCCUGAGUAUAUUUAGGCUUUUUUCUUUAUUCAAGUGACAAUUGUAUAAUUCAGAAUGUGAGGCCAGUUUAUUUAAUGGAGCCUCUUUUGCAAUCAGGCAACUUACAUGGGGGUUAUGUUUUGGGGGUCGCACCUAAAGCCAAAAUCGUGUAUAGUGAAAACACACUGGGUUCAAUAGGGGAUGGGAUUACAAAAGUAUUUCCCCCGAAUUUCCACCCCCUUUUUAUUUAUUUAUUUAGCCAAGUACGUAAAGCUGAAAGCACGUUAAAUGCAUGUGAAUUUCGGGAUUACUGUAGCAAACAUAGGAAAACUUUUUUUCCCCUGUUGAAAGCUGCUAUUAUGUUAGCUUAUUAACAAGUCCGUCCAUCCCCCUUUUCUAGACAUUGGCUGCAAUUCUAACCUCAUCUACAUAGAAGCAUUCUAUGAAUUCAGUGGGUCUUACUCCUAGGCAAGUGGGAUUGGGAUUGCAGUCAGAUUCAAACUUCUUCUUUUCAAAAAAGGAUGGUUUGGCCUGGUUCUCUAUGCAGAAUUAAUUGCAUGUCUUGAAUCACUAGAUUCUACAAGUGGUUCAGUCAAAAUGCACCCACUCCACCAGCUGCUAUCCAGUUUUAUUGAUGCCUCUUAUAGCUGUCCUUCCUGGUUUUUCUGCAUUUUGCUAACUGAUUAUAGCCUUUUAUGAGGUUAGCAAGAUUAUCGUCUCACCUCUGUAACACAAAACCAUAGAACACAACAAGGCUUCCUUUAUUUUACCUAAAGGCAUUUGACUUGAAGUUGUUUUCUAUUUUUAUUUUUUAAAGAUUUUAUCCCACUCUUCCUUGAAGGAGCUUAGGCAAAUAUACAUGGCUGUCCUUCCAGUAGGUUAGGUGGAAAUACUGUUUUGCCCAAAAGAUACCCCAGUUGAGCUUUAAGGCCAGGCUAAAAUCUCCAUGUGAGAUUGGAACAUGGUUCUAGUCUAAGGGCAGAGCCAUACUGUGGGUAUUUGAAAAGCUCUGAGGGAGGUUAUUUGAGGAUUUUGAGUUAGGUGUUAUCAGCAUAGUGGGGGUGGACAGUUCUGUUCCUUUUUUAUAUCAAAUACAGGUGAAGUGAUGUGUUGAAAAGGUGGCUGAAAUCAAUAAUGGGCUCAAUGGGGUGCCAGUAAACUGGGUCAUCCUAUUGGCUGGUGAUACAGUUGGUCAAAGACUUGGGAUACGGCUUGUUCUAGGUUGGGUUGCACUGCCCCCAAAGCAGCCUUCGUCAACCCUCCAGCGCUUUUGGACCUAUUUGCUCUGGCCAGCACAGCUGUCAAUGGCAGAUAUAGUCUAAGACAGCUAGAAGGUGUCAAGUCCCAAGGCUGCCCUAAAGAAUCAAACUUGGUACUAUUAGUUCCAGCCCUGCAGACACUCACAUGUCAUUUAUAGCGUAAAGCACCUCUAGACAAAGUUGAUUGGUUUAUAGCUGUGACUCAUAUUCUGUUAGCAUUCAGGUUUGACUACUGUAAUGCACUAUAUGAGGAAGUGCUCAUGAAAGUUUAGUAACUUUGAUUGGUCCCAAAUACAGCUGCUACUGUGCAGAUUGGUAGAAAUAGCAGGCAGUAUGUCUGGUCCCAUAUUAACAUUACCAAUAUUUUUAAGAUUGGGAUGCUAAACCUGGUGAUCUCCAGAUGUUGAUGGACUCCAGCUCCCAACAUCUCCAGCCAGAAUGGCCAAGGGUCCAGGAUAACGGGAGCUGUGGCCCUCUGGGUAUUGCUGGAGUGCAGGUUCCCCACCCCUGCAUGGUUGUUGUUUUUUUUAAAAAAAAUGGAAACCCACCUUUACUUUUGGAGGUAAAGUAGUGGCAACCAGAGAUGGGGCCUUCUCUGUGGUGGUGCCUCAGCUGUAUCUCCUUUAUACACUAUUCUGAUUCCUACACUGAUUGUUAUCUUGUUGUACCGGAGGUCCAAGUGUUCAACUCUGCUGCUGUUUUUAAUCUGCAGAAAACUGUACAUUUCUGUUUAUAAUAUAUGUGUGUGUGAUAUAGUUUUUCUUUUAAGGCACAAUGCCUCAAAGGCUACAGUUGGACGGUGAGCUGUCUAUAUUUUAAAUAACGAAACUGCUUUUUUUUCUCUCUCUUUUUGGUCCAGGUUGGCUCAGUCUCUGUUCGCCCUCUUUGUGUCAUCACUUGCGAUCUCUGUGGUUUUUGCCAUCAUCCCAGUCUGCCACAAUGUGGUGGUGCUUGCAGUGGUCAUGGCCGUGGCUGGCCUGGCCAUGGGCUGCAUCGACACCCUCUCCAAUAUGCAGCUGGUGAAGAUUUAUCAGAAGGACUCUGCUGUCUUCCUACAGGUUAGACAAGUAACAGGGGGCGGUUGGCCCCUUUUUUAACUCUCUCUAGAUGCUUGGAGUUUUUUUCCCAUCUUGAGCCCUUGUUACGGACCCACACAUGUUGGCUGGCCUGGUAUCCUUGCGCCCUCCCACCAAGGAAGGGGUUGCCAUCUCCUCUGAUUUGCCACACUGAAUGAGACCAUUAGUGAGUAACUCCUGCCAGCGCUGCCAUUUUUUAGCAGGAGAGGAGGAUGAGGGGUAUGUUUCUGUUUUGCUGAACACCAGAGGCACUUGGAAAAACUGGCCAAUCUUGCUGCUUUCGUGGGUGGCUCUGGAAUCAAUGCAGCCAGAAGAAAAGUCCCUACCCUGUCUUUAAACUUGGCGGAAAGGUAGGACUCUCCCUAAUUCAGGACUAGUGGCCAGAACAAUCUGCAGUCACCAAUGGCAGGUGCAUUUGUGGACCUUUGAUCUUUCCUUGUGUCCCAAAUCCUUGUUCCUCUCUGUCUACACACACUGUAUUUUGUAAGGUUGAAUGCUAUCCCUAUUGUACAGCUAGAAUCGUUGAGUCACAUCAGGACAGAACCUCUCCUGCUUUCAGCUUAGCAUUUAAUUGUGAAACUGGAAACAGUUUCCAGGCAUCACUUUCCAAAAGAAGGUACAAUUUAGCAUCAGAAUCUAACUCACGGAGGGUUCCUUAGUUGCUUGGAUUGUUCCUUCGUUGCUGUGCUGCCUCCAUGUUCUGCCCAUCUUUCACAUAGACAGUGAAGAUCACCAGAGCAUAUGUCUUUUGAGAACACAGGGACUGAAUGCUCUCUGUAAGCACAUCCAGUUACCUCACACAUGCACAGUGUCCUGUGCACUGAAGAUGGUGGUGUAGCCACACUUGCAUCACCAUUGUCUUCCUGAAGUUAUUUGCACCAUUAAUAAUCUCACUCUAAAUAAGCAGGUUCAGAUAUAACUACUCAAUUCUGUUUUGGAAGAGUUCAUGGUAACAUUGAAUAGCUGCACAGAAACGGGUCUGUGUAGGUAUUGCCAAUUUUGUGUGUCUUGGGGCAUCUCUGCGCAGCCCAUGCCCCCAUCCAGGUGCUUUGACAUGGACUCGAAGUGGAAGAAGCAGCGCUUUUUUUCUUAAAAAAUGCUUAGGGGUACUCUCAUUUUCCUACUCAUAUUGAAAUACUGCCCCUCAAUGAGGUCAAACUUAGAUCCACAAAAUGUUUAGGGGGAUGCGUACCCCUGCGUCCCCACAGCAAAAAAGCAUGGGAAGAAGUAACCUUGUGGUGUAAAGCUGGCUCCCUUCACACUCACCCAAUACUAUUGCAGCAGUGACACCGUCUUAAUUGUGCUAGCUGAAGUCCUAGUUCAUACUGUUUGCAGCACAUCAUAUGUCUGCACCUGAUAGACGCACAAUACGCCAGUCACUUGUAUCACAGCAGCAAGAGCACUUCAGUUGCUGAGGAUCACAUAUAAAAUCCUUUGCAGACCUAAUGAAAUAACACGUUCUAACCCACAAAGGAUUUGUGUGCCGUUAAAAGUUGCAUGUUGGGAGUUGUUUGGAGAUAAUGCACCAGUGGUGAUGGGAGAAGGCUUGUUCCAGGAAGGAUGCUAGAGCAGAACCUUCUGAGUUGAGGGUUCUAACUGUUAAGGUUUCUAAUGUGCUGUCAGAGGUGCAGUGUGUGCCUUGUUGCUGGACAUAAUAAGGAUAUUUUCUCAUUCCUUUGUGUAGGCCCUUCAUUUCUUUGUGGGCUUUGGUGCCCUGCUGAGCCCUCUGAUAGCCGACCCUUUUCUCUCGGACACCAACUGCAUCCUGACAAACAGCACGGCCACUGGCAGCAGCAACCUCCCUCACAUCCGGAAGUCGCUCGUCCCCCAUCAUCCUGGAAACUUGUCACACUACGACCUGCCAACAAAAGGGCUGGUGGUGACGCGGGUGUCUUACGCCUUCUGGAUUAUGGCUUUGAUCAACGUAAGUAGUGACACCCUCCUCCUGGCUGAUCGUUCCAGCCCAGCGCUUAAAGUGGUUUGACCAGCAGGGCAGCGGGGGGGGUGGGAUGUGUCUCUUGGCCGGCUUCUUCAGAGAAGCCCGCAUAAGGCAGUGUGUCAGGGAAAGUAACUUGAUUCCACUUUGCACGUCUAAAACCGUUUUUGGUUUUAUGUUGGCACCAAAUAAGCUCUUCUGUCUUCCUGCCUUCAUUGUUCUCUCAUUAAAGUGAAAUAGUAUUGAAAGAAAUAGUAACUGCAACAAAAUGUGGCAGUGUGGGAUGUUGCUGUCCAGGAUUUCAGCCACGCUGUUCCAUCAUUUGUCAUUCUUUCCAUUAUCCUUUCCCACAUCUACCCACACACCCCAUGCAGCCAGUCAGCAUUCUCUGGCCUCUGGGCUUGUUCAGUCUCAUUGGGCCAUUUUGAGAGUCCACACCAGGUUUAUUUCUUUAAAAUAUAUAUAUAUAUAUAUAUACUUCUGCAAAUCUUUGGGCUUUAAUAUUUUAUAUUUUUUGUAUUAUGAUCAUUUAAAAACCACUUUGAUACCACCUUUCAUUCAAAAAUAUCAAGGUGGUUUACAGCCAUCUGAAAUACAAUCAAUACUUUUAAAACCACAAACACAAUAUAGUCAAUACCCGGCUAAUAUCCACCUAUUACCAAGCAACGCACAGCUACGUUGCCCCCAUUAGCAUUUCUGACUUCAUUUCAGUGGCUAAUGGAAGUCCAAAGAGCAAAGAACUGAUCAACCUCUUUUGAGUGGCAGCACAGGGAGUGAUAACCUUGGCCUGGAAAACACUAGAAGGAAUUUAUUUUGACAGGUGGCACAGACAGGCAUGGCAAAUCACCCUCCUGGGAAAGUUGACCCUUGUUAUGAAGGUCUCUAGGACAAAAUAAGCAUGACAAACCUAUGGCACGAUUUUAUUGUGUACACAUACCAUAGGAAACACAGGCAAUCACCUCCCUUAGCGUAUAGAAGGCUUUGGACAUACUGAUAUCAUGGGCAUUGUUGCCUUUCCGCUUUUCUUCCUGCUUUUGGAAUUGCCUGUGUGUAGCUUCCAGUCUUCCUGCCGGUUACCAUAGAAUCAAAAGGGUCUGUGUUGCUUUGGACGUAUGGUUGUGUUUCUCUUGGGGUGUGAAUGAUCUGCACAUACAUGCAUGUGCAAAAGCAGUUGACGGGAAACUCGAGUGCAGCCUUCCCCAUCCUACUGUAGCCUCAAGACAGUGUUGAACUCCAUCUCCUGUCAACCCCAGCCAGCAUGGCCCAUGGUCAGGAAUGGUGGGAUCCAAUGCACACCCAAUGCAAGUUAAAACAUGUGAUUUCCCCCAAAGAAUCUGGGGAAUUAAGAGUUUUCCCCUUACACAGCUACAGAUCCUAGUACGCUAAACAAAUUACGGUUCCCAGGAUCUUUUGGGGCAAGUCAUGUGCUUUACAUGUAUGUUUAGGUGUACUUUAAAUGUAUGGUGUGGAUCUGCAUCAUUGAGUCUCAGCAAAUGUGCUUAGUGCAGCCUGGCUAAGCUGGGUGGUAGGAACGCCUCCAUCUUGAACAUUGUCUUGUAUGGAACAGCCUCCACUGUGAGCAUUAUGCAUGGUACAGCUGUCACACAUGCCUCUUGGUUUCCAAGAUGAUAAUACUCACUAUGCUUGGUUCAUGAUGAGAGGUAGGAAAGACUUGGGAGACAAAUGGGAAUAUUUAAGGAAAUGGAAAUGCUUUUUUUAAAGCAUCUCUGUUAUUAAGGUUCUUGCUGGUUUUUGAGUGUCAAGUUCAAGCGGAGGCUCUCCUCUUCUCUUCUCUUCUCUUCUCUUCUCUUCUCUUCUCUUCUCUUCUCUCCAUCCCUCUCUCUAUCUCUUCUCCCUAUCUCUCUUCUCUCUAGCCUCAUUCCCUGUGCUUUGCAGCUAGUUAUGAACUAAACCAGUUAUUCGAGCUCUGUGAGAAGCAGGGCGAGAUUCAGAAAUAUUACUGCCACGUUACUGAGAAAAUAUAGGUGUAAACUAAGCAAACAGGACAAGAGUUCACAUUUAGCGAAAGGCUUUGUUUUCUUACAUCAUUGAUUUGUCCUCACCUUGCCAGCUUCUCCUUGCCAGCUCUGGCACUGAACCUAACCUGGCUGGCUCCCUAAGCUGCCUGGAUGGGAGACUGUUUGGGAAAUAAUAUAAGCCACACUGAGCUUCUUGGAUGAACAGAAGGAUGCAAAAAUGGCAUGCCAGAGUUUCUAACUAACUGGCUUAUCAGGAUAGAGUAAGGUCGCUGGUGCUCACUGCCCAAAUUGUCCCCUCCUCCUUUUGUCACACUGGGAAGGGGAAAGCUACAAGAACGAGCUAAGAAUAAGCCAUGGUUUGUUCUUGGCUUGUCCCUGUUGUUUGUUUGAGAAGAGCAAGCAAGGAAUACUGGUUUGCUUGUAACGGUUUGUUCCCAGCACAGCAAAGGAAGGGUGGGCAUCAGUGAUCUGUGCAGUGUUCACCAGCAUGUUUGCUGGUAAGAUGCAGAUUAAGUGUGCCUUAUGCUUAUGUGUGUCCUUGGAUUAUUGUGCACUUCCCAUUUCCUUGACUGCUGAGAAGAUCCAGGGACAGGGCUGCCUGGUUUGGAUGAAAAAGCAUCUGAAGACACGGGGUAUCUUUGCCUCUAUAGUUUUACCUAGAGCAAAAAUUACGAACAGCGGGUGUUCCUAUGAGGCAGCUGAUCUGCUGGCCCACAUCGCAUCUUCAAGGUGAGACUCCCUAAAUAAAAAAUGGGGUUCCAGCUGUUGCCAAACUACAACUCCCAUCAUCUCUGGCCAUUGUCCAUAGCAAUGGGGCUGGUGGGACUUUGAGUCCAACAAUGUCUGGAGGGCCACAGGUUCCCCAUGUCUGCCCUGUAUCCCAGCUUUAGUGAACUUGUAGUUCAUUUUCUUCUCCAUGCGCGCGCACACACUCAGUUUCUCUUGCAAACUGAUAUCUGUUCAUGUGCAGACACACUUCUGCCCUUUUCUCUUCGCCAGGAUGGGGGCAGGUGAAGUCUCUUUCUCCAAGACCUGGUAGGUGUCUCAUUCAACCCAGAUUUCUGACCGUCUUUUGACCAUUCACUUGCAGGAGCUAACUGUUCUGGGCGGAGAGCCAGCAAUCUCUGGCUAGUAGCCAUAACAAUAUUGCAUUAUUAGGUAAUUAGUGUCAGUCCCGUCCCCCGAAUACAUUCAGAAUAUGUUUCUGAAUACAUCAGAAAUGUAUUCUGAAUACAUUUUGGAGGUAUUCUAAAGCAGCAUUUUGAUACCAAAUUAUGACUGAACUUCAAGCAGCCAAAGUAAUUUUUUCUGGGUAGCAUCUCCGUAAGUUCUGUUGCUAAAGGGACAGUUGGUUAUAUUUAUUUCCUCCUGAUAUCAUAAGCCUCAUCUUUUUAAAGAUAUCCCAUACAAUAUGCUUGCAUAAUUUUUUAACACUUCACAGCCUCUGCAAGGAUUUCUAGCUCUUGGGUGGGCGUUGAAACUUCUAUUUUCUGCCUCGCCUGUGAAAUAUUAGAACCACCUGCUUGUAUGCCAGAUCUGAUGUAGUCAAGCUAAACAUAUGGAGCUGGUUGGAUAAGGAGGACAUGAAUGUUCUCUGCCUAAAGAGGAGGCUGGUGAAAAGCUCCAGCCUGAGAUUCUGCAAAAUGCAACAGAAGCACUAUAACCAGGUUCAGUGAAAAGUGAAGAAUCUCUGGUCACAGAGGAAAGAACAGGUGAAAAUGGGCAUCAACAGUCAACAUAUUACAUGGAAUUUAUUAAAAUGAUGUGAAUUAUGUAGCUUCUCUUUAGUAGCGGAAUACAGGGCAGAUUACAAUAUAUAAAACAUAAAAAUAUGUAAGAUAGUGACAAACAAAAACAGUUUAGAAGGCCACUGAUUGCUUAAUUAGCCCAUGGCCUGGUUGUAGUGGAACGUUUUUGCCUGACACCUAAAGAUAUGUAACGAAGGUACCAGGUGAGUCUGCCUGGGGACAGCAUCCCACAAGCAGGAAGCCACCACAGAAAAGGCCUGUUCUCAUAUUGCCGCCCUUUGUGGAGGAGGCACAUCAUGAAGAGCCUCAGAUGAUGGUUGCAAGGUCCAGUUAGGCUCAAGACACAGGAACUACUGAAUACCAUUGCUCAGGGAAGACAAUAUUGCAUUGGAUAGCUCCUGCAUCUAGCAUAGCACAGCAGCUUUUGAGACAGAGCAGUUGUAUCUGAUAAGUGGGAACUUAAAAUUUCAGCAGUGGUACUCUUAAAGGUCCACAGUCAUUCUUAAAUUGUCUGAGUGCUGGUUUUGGGCAAGGUUUGUGUGUAAGUUCAUGAACCCUCUCCCCUGGUUAUAGAAACGAGCAGUUGCAGCACCCUUAAAACAGGUCUUGGCUAAAGGGAGAACCUCCCGCCACAUGAACUCAGAGACUUUGUCAUAGUUGGCACCUGAGCACGGAAACACUUGACAGCUCUGCUGAAAAUGGUUACGUUUUGCUUCCUGUUACACCAACCUGUUGAGUAAUAGAACCUGGAGGUGAAUGCAGCAGGUGACAGCAAAAAGAGCAACUGGGCUCAUCUCAAUGUGUUGCAUGAACAAGCAAGUCCUCCUCUGUGCUGCCUGAUGUGCAAUUCAAGGCGAGCCUUUGGGGGCCUUUCUAAAAAUGGACCCUUGUCCCAAAGGCUUUUGUUUGUUGAAGCAAUGGAUAUGGCCAUAUGUUGGUAAUGAAGUAAUGAAGAAAACAAGGGACUUUUAAAAACUGGGAUGAUAGUCCAUAGAAAUCUCUGUGUUUGGGGAACUCAGAAGCUUGGUCAUAGCUUGGUUGUUGAACGCCCUGGAACUCAGACAUUUUUGCUCCUGAAUGCCACAAACCUGGAAGUGAUUGUUCCAGUUUGCGAAUGUUCUUUUGGAACCCAAAGGUCUGAUGGGACUUCUGCAGCUUCUGAUUGGCUACAGGAGCUUCCUGCAGCCAAUCAGAAGCCACAAUUUGGUUUUCGAACAUUUUGGAAGUCGAACGGACUUCCAGAAUGGAUUCCAUUCAACUUCCAAGGUAUGACUGUAUCUAUAUCUAUAACCUCACUUCUUACGGGGAUAUACCAUAUCUGGGCUGUUUUCCUGAAGGCCAAACACACUAAUAAACUUGGUGCAUUCUGCUGAAAAUUAUGCUCACAUAUUGGUAGACGCACCUUGAAAUGGGAUCAUGACUUUUUUAGAAUUGGGACAGAGGGCAGGAGGUACUAAGUGAGGGUGGGGGUGCUAGUCUUCUGCUUACAGCAGACAAACGAGGCAGGAUUUGUACUUUUUUAUACAGUGGACGCUUGGGUUGCGAACGUGAUCUGUACGGGAUGCACAUUCGCAACCUGCAGCAUUCGCAACCUGCAUCUGCGCAUCUGCAGGUUGCGAUUUGGCGCAUCUGCGCAUGCGCAAAGCACAAUUUAGCACUUCUGUGCAUGCAUGACCGCCGAAACCUGGAAGUAACCCGUUCCAGUACUUCUGGGUUUCGGCGGUCCGUAACCCCAAAAAAAUGCAACCUGAAGCGGCUGUAACCGAGGUAUGACUGUACUAGCAGCAAGCGUUUUCUUGAGCAAGCUUGGAGGUAGAGCACUAAAUAAAAACAAAUGGGUGAUGGGUCAAAGGAUAUAAUGGGAGAGGACCAUAGCUCUGUGUGAGAGCAUCUGCUUUGCAUGCAGAAGGUCUCAGGUUCAAUCCCUGGCUUCUCCUUUCCUUUAAUAGUUGUUUGAUAUGCAGAGAUUUAUCAAAUGAAGAUAUUCCAGAGCUGGCUGUAGGAAAAGGUUCACCUGCCAAAUUUUCCGUGACAGACUGCUGUAAAUAGCACAGGAGCAGGGCCAGAAGAAAAAGCUGGCAACUGAAGUUGCAUCACUCAGCCCCUGAUGAUCACCUGAAAAUUACCCAAUUCAAGGCACCCUUAGAUUUGUGUGUGUGUGUUUAUCAUGUCCAAUGUGCAUGGCUGAACACCACUAGUGUUUUUAAAAAUAUGGUGUGUGAUUUACUCCUAGCGGCAGAUGUGUGACCAACAGAACCCUUGAUGUUCAGAAGAGCAAUGUCACCCAAGUGUGAAACUGCUAGUUUUGUUAGGCAAAGACCUACUUACUUAAAUACUGUUACACUUUUCAGAUCAGAUCAAAUUAGUUGUUUGGACCAUAUGCCAGCAAUAACAAUAAAUACUUGUUAUACGGCAUACCGAAUGUGAGUUCAUAAUUAAGCCAACCCACUGCAUCCACAGGAUAGCAAAACCUCUUAGAUGAGCAUUCUCUGCCGCAAAGACAUAUGAUAGGUAGAGCCACCUUUUCCGUGACCUUUUCCAUCAAUGCACAGGAUGGGUUUUGCUUCGCAUUGUGGGCAGAGCAUUUAGCCAUGAAAUGAUUUUGCUGUUUGUUUAGGCUGGUGAGGCCUGUGCCAAGGCCUCGCAUUAAACAGUGUACCAGGAGGUCUAGUAUAUUACCCCAAAGCAAGCAUGCCGAGUUGUGAGAUCCUGUAAUAAAAUGCCUUGGCCCUGCCUGUGUGUAUCUUGGCAGAUGAACCCAGCUGUGGAAGCCAAACAAGCUCAUCAGCACCAUUCAGCCUACCCUCCCCCCCCCCCCCUUUUUCUUAAAGGUGAAAAACACAAGCAGAUAUUGAAAAGGGGUCGUUGUUCCUGUGAAACACUUGGAUGGACUUGGAAGAGGGAUUUCACACAAGCAUAGUAUUCAGUUGUCCAUCUGAGACUGUGCUACAAUAAAUCUGUUAAGUCUUUCAGGGGCCACAAUAUUAUUUUAUUCUCCUUUUUUUAACAAAGAAAAAGAAAGAGUUGCCUGCAUGGAAGCUUCACUCCCUCCAAGUGGAGGCCUAGCUCCCUUGCCCCAGAUGUUUUGAGUGGGGGUUGUGGUUAUUCAGGAGGGGAGAGGAAAGCACAGCACUCUGCCCAUGCUCAAUAACAUUUGUUGCUUUUUCUUAACAUUUGGAUGCCUUCCUACCAAGUCUGAGCUCAACUUCGCAAGCUGCAUUUUUGCACCUGGAACUUUGCAAAAUAAAAAUUGCAUUUGCAAAACAGAUCCUUCCACCUGUGUGUUUCCAAUUUGGUUGAUCUGUGGAUUGUUUCUCCUCACCUGCAACAUGGCUGCCCCAGCACCACUAUUGCAGAAGGCAAUAGUGCUCCCACUAUCUGGGAGGCAGAAUGCCACCUUCACAUUUCCCCUUGAGUUCAGGAUAGAAAUUGGCUGAAGCCAUGUGCUCCUUAUCCUGCCAUGUGGCAUGGCAGUUCAAAUGCUGGACUAGAUGUGACACCUGGGCGGUUAAGUCCAGUCAAAGGCAACUAUGGGGUUGCGGCGCUCAUUAUGGAGUUGCGGCGCUCAUCUCACUUCAGGCCGAGAGAGCCAGAGUUUGUCCACAGAAAGCUUUCCAGGUCAUGUGACCAGCAUGACUAAACUGCUUCUGGCGGAACGGAACACCGUGACAAGUGCUAGAGCGCACAGAAAUGCUGUUUACCUUCCCUAUUUAUCUACUUGCACUGGUGUGCUUUCAAACUGCUAGGUUGGCAGGAGCAGGGACAGAGCAAAGGGAGCUCACCCCAUCACACAGAUUCGAACUGCCGACCUUCUGACUGACAAGCCCAAGAGGCUCAGUUGUUUAGACCACAGCACCACCUGCAUCCCAGAUGACACCCAUAUUCAAAUCUUCAUUUGUUAAUGAGGCUGGGCAGGGAGAUCUUGAGCCUAUCAGCCAAAACUACCAAGCAGGUCUGUUGGAGGCUAAAUUGAGAGGGGAAAAGAACAGUGUACAGUGUUCUUGGAGGCAGGGUAGGAUGAAAAUGAAAUAAAUACAUACAUCACAGCCCUCUGCAUUAUAAAAUUGCUUUGGGCAUAGUUUUAUGGAAAAGCAGGACCAAACAACAACUCCUCUUGACUAAAUAUUGAUUUCUCAAUAAAUACAUGAUAAGUACCCACACUCUUCUGAGAGAAGCUGUCUGUGCAGGUAUGCAGGCUUUAGAUCUCAUUUGUUCUCAUAGCUCUACCAGCAACAUCCCCAAAUUUCUCUUUAAGUUUUAAUUCCUGGAAAAGGAGGAUAUAUGGCAACCAUAGAAUGCAUUCUGCAGCUUUGUUGAUACUUCUGAAGUUCUGGUACAGUAAGCCUGCAACCUACGGACAUUGAACAUGUGCAUUCAGUUUUAUGUGCGUGGCAAAAAUAAAUUUAAAAGGGUUGGGGUUCCGGGGGAAAUGACGUUGGCAAUCAGAGCUGCCAUUGCACCCAAUGAAUUUUGACUCUACACAAUUUUGGCUUUAGGCGCGAUCCACAGAAUGUAACCUCUGUGUAAGUUGCGGGCUUACUGUAAUUGUGGAUCAGGAUCAAAGUUCUGAGUGGGGUUUUCAGCGUCCUGACUAUUGGCUGAUACUGGGAACUUUCCAGAGGUGUGUGCAGAAACUUUCACCCCAAGGAAUUCUGGCAGUUGCAGCUUCAGGGCUCAGAAUGUGGCUUUCAUGGGCAAAAGUUAUGCCAGGUGCCACCUGUGAAAUGAACCAUGCAGAUCUAGCAGACAGUAGUGCUGAAGGUUCCAUUGGGGUCACCUUUUCCCCUAAGAGCAGCAUCCUGUAUUUCAGUAUAGGCAACAUGGCUCGGAUUCCCAGUAGUGUUUGCUGCUCUAUAGGCAGAAAAGGAGCUUGGGCUGACAACAGAUUAGCAGACAUUGGAGGUGCAUCACAAGCUAAUGAAUGCUACCUUUAAAAAUUAUCAUUUCAGCUUUACUGCUCCAACACUUAAACCAGAAGCAGGAGACGGUUGUGCAUGUAGGGUUUGGGUGUGUGUGAUAUCGGUAGACUGUAAUAUCUGAAGGCAGUACUGCAUGUGUUCUCUCUAAUUUGGCUUUGUUUAUUUUUAGAGGAGCUAGCAGAAGAAAAGCUGUAGCAAAGAUUCUAAUUACCAUUUUCUUGCUUUUGAACUGGACUAACAUGCUGACCCAGUUAAGCAAAUCACGGCAAUUCUUGGGUAAUCUUCCAACCUUUGCUCACAGAGGUGACACUCUAGAUGAGAUUCCUCUUCACAUAUUUAAUUAUCUGUGUUCAUUAAAAAUCCAAGCCUUCCAUUUGUCUUGAGUUUUCCAUUCUUGGGAGCCUGAGAUUGAUUUCCUCAUUUUAUUCUGGAGCAUUGCGACGACUUGUGUGCAAUUCAGAGACCAAAUCUUAGUUAUAUCCACAGGGAUCCCACAAGAAGAUUAAUAGGGAUAUUUUGGAUGCUACUUCAAUGUUUGAUAGUGCUUUCUCCUGGCUAGAACUCACCUUUGCAGCAUUUGCAAACAAAGUCACUAUUGCCAUUUCGCAGAGGGCAAAGUAAAGGCUGAGACAGUAGGGGAAAUACAGGAUACCGGCCUUAUACAUGUCUAGCCUGCUGUUCUCCCAAAGGGCAGCGUGAGGUCUGUUUAUUCUGCUCUGAUUUUCGUGGCCAUUAACGCAAACUGCUCCUGACCUCCGGAAGGAUUCUAACUAUUAGGGGAAAACGUUUUUCUUCCAUGGGACCGAACUGGCUGUUCUUGUUCCUAUUGUUCUGUGAACAAUGGAGGGCUCUUAACUGAAUUCAGCUGAGGAGGGGGAAUCAAGAGGGAGCAAAUGCUCCAUACAUUGAAAGAAUACCUCCAGCCAACAAAAACCAGGAAAUGUGCACUUGCAGCUCCUGCUCAUUCACAGAGGAGAGCAAAAACAAUAUAUGUGAAACCAGCUGUUAAUGACAGACGACCUGGCUUCUGCCAUCAGUCUGGUGGGGAGAGGAGGAAGAUGGCUUCAUUUAUUCCUUUCAUGCCCCACCACCAUCCCACACCCCAGCAGAUAUUAACUAAAAGUAAGCACUGUGACAUUUCAGAGUUUUAAAUUCAUAUGUUCUGUCUUGGGGCCGCAGAGGAACAGCAGAGGGCGCUGCUUCUGUGUACCUGAACACAGAAUUACACAGCGGUCUCUACAGUAAAGCAGGACUGAAUUGUCCCAUGUGAAAGCUUAGGCAACGCCUGUUCAGAUUUGUGGGGAGAGAGGCGAGGAGACACCGUGGCUUGUAAGCCCCUCCUUUCUAAAUGUGUAGCUUCUCAAGGCAGUUUGGGUUGGACACAAACGCCGUGGGCAUCUAUGCUGCACGCCUACCAUCUGCUGGCAGAGCAAGAAAUGGCACUGCAUUCUCGACGUCAAUAUAUCAACUGAAAACGGGUGUAUUCUUUAUAACUCACAGGGAAAGUUAGGUUCUAAAAAAGGGAAUGAGCCAUUUAGUGGUGGUGAGCUGUGGGAGGAGUUUUUUCCAGAAGAUGUCUGAAAUGUUAUGUUCUAGGUUAAGUUUUUUACAGCUUGGCUUGCUGGGAGUCCCAGUAUACCAGGGCAUUUCUUUCUUUCUUUCUUUCUUUCUUUCUUUCUUUCUUUCUCUCUCUCUCUCUCUCUCUCUCUCCCUCUCUCCUUACGCAGUGGGUGGGGGGUGUUAUUGUUACAAAACUGUUGAUUUUAAAGAUUUAUAGCCCACAUUUCAUCAAUCCAGCUACAAGUAAUGUUGCUGAACUCGCAGCUCCAGUGUGAAACAGAGUGCCAGACUUGGACCUGGGAGGCCUGGGUUCAAAUUCCUGCUCAUCCCUGAAACUCACUGGGUGGCCUUGGGCCAGUCACUGCCUCUCAGCCUCGCCUACCUCACAGGAUCGUCGUGAGGAUAAAAUGGGGAGAGGAGAGCCAUGUACAUCACCUUGAGCUCCUUGGAGGGAAAAAGUGAUAUCUAAAUGCAACAGUUAAAUAACUCCAAUCAUUCCUGACCAUUGGCCAUGCCAGCUGGGACUGGCGGGAGCUCAAUGGCAUUUGGAGGUGCAAAGGUUUACAAGCUCUGGCCUUUAAGAUGUGCCCUGCAUAAAUAAAAAAUCUGAGCCAACAGCAGCCCCCUCCGGGGAGAAGGGCAGGUAUCAACCCUAGGGUGCGCCCGGCUGACUUUUCUUUUUGCCUGUUCUUCUGCAGCUCCCAGUCCCCUUUGCGGUCUUCCUGCUGCUCUACAAGGAGAGGCUGGUGCCUUGGUGUCAAAGCGGCAGCCCCCCACUACUGCCUGCGGAUGAGCUGGCACUGGAAACGCGGAUAGCCGACCGGGAUGACUCUUCCACCUCCUCGCCAAGAACUCAGCCAGAAAUAGGUGAGAGCUGCCAAUCCGGGCUGUGCAUGCAGAGCCCAUUACCAUGGUAUCAGAGCCCUCUUCUCUCCACAGGUUGUAGCGAGAGGGUGUGUUGUUUUGCUGCGGGAAAGGGAUGAAGCAAAGCACAGAGGGAAAUAUUCUGCAUUAAGCUUCCCAGGUUUUUCCUUGUCUGUGGCUACUGCCUUGAUGGCUGUGUUCUACCUCCUCUGACAGAGACAGUGUGCUUCUGGCCAGAAACUGCAAGAGGGCAAAGGGCUGUCAAGCUCAGGUCCUACAUGGGUGGCCACUGAGACAGCGGCGUAGCAAACCCUGCUGGCGCCUGGGGCGGAACAUUUUAAGAGAGCGCCCAAAGUGGUUGAGCUUUUCUAAGGACACCGGUAAAAGCCGUCAAGCUUUUUUGGGAGAACAUUGCCAACAGUUGCUCAGCCAGCUUUUUGAGGGAUGGACACUGGCUCCACGGGCCCCCAUGGCACCCUGCAACCCCCACCCCCCCACACACACACCUGGUGCAAAGGCUGAGCAGCAGCAACAAGGCUCCCACUGCCCCUCCGGUCUCUUUGGGGCUUCCUCCACCCUCACUGAGGUCCUCUUCAGGCUCUCUCUCCUCAUGAGCCACAAGGACUUUUCAGCUCUCUCCUGCCAUUUCUGGGUUUGAAUUGGAUCAUUUAAUUAUUUCCUGGUGCCACAUGUAUACACGGUUGUGCGCAAGUCGAUCACACAUAAGUUGAGUGACUGUCUAUACAUGGACUAAAUGGGCCACUGGACCUGAUCCACCAGAUUCUUCUUAUGCUCUUAUCUUCUGAAAUGUUCAUGGACAAAUGAGUCAAACACAUGGAAACAGUAUUUUGGAAACUGAAAAGGCUUGAGUACUAGGCUAGAACCCUAUUUGUGCUAUCAGCUACAUAGGUCUGGUUAUGUUCCCAGAACACACAUAAAACUAAGGAAGCCAAACCAGUCCAAAUAGGUUGAAUCCUAUUGAUCCUAGAAUAUUGUACAUUAUUUGUCCUUGGCUUCUGUUUAUUUAUUUAUUUUUUAAAUAAUUUUUAUUAAAGUUUUAAACAAAGAAAAAAGAAAAAGCAACACACACAAAACAAUACAAAAUUUAACAAUAGAAACACACAACAUAACAAUUAAAAACAAACUCUCUUUUACAUUCCCAAUUUUGAAUUACUUAUUUUCUGGACUUCCUCAUACCUCCCUCUUUUGUAUUCCAAUCUACAUUAUUUGUCCAGCAGUUUCUUUUCCACUUUUUUAAACCCAAUCUUUAAUUUAAUGAAAUAUUAAACUAUAUAGCUUCAGCUUUUUAAACAUAAUCCUUGUUCUUAAUAUCAUAUACCUUUAAAUUUUUCCCUUUUAUUAUCAAAUUUCCAUUUCUUUAAACAUCUUUAAUCUUAAUCUUUAAUCUUAAUCUAUCCUUAGCUUUAACCUGUACAGCUGGAAACCACUUAUUUUCAAUCCAACAUCACUCUAACAUUCCUUAAUUUUGCAGUGUUUCUGAAGAUAGUCUUUGAAUUUCUUCCAAUCUUCCUCCAUCGACUCUUCUCCCUGGUCACGGAUUCUGCCAGUCAUUUCCGCCAAUUCCAUGUAGUCCAUAAGUUUCAUCUGCCAUUCCUCCAGCGUGGGAAGUUCUUGUGUCUUCCAAUACUUUGCGAUAAGUAUUCUUGCUGCUGUUGUUGCAUACAUAAAGAAAGUUCUAUCCUUUUUAACACCAUUUGGCCCACUAUGCCCAGGAGAAAGGCCUCUGGUUUCUUGGGGAAGGUAUACUUAAAUACCUUUUUUAAUUCAUUAUAUAUCAUUUCCCAGAAAACCUUAAUCUUUGGGCACGUCCACCAAAGGUGAAAAAAAUGUACCUUCAGUUUCUUUACAUUUCCAACAUUUAUUAUCGGGCAAGUGAUAAAUUUUGCAAGCUUGACUGGGGUUAUGUACCACCUGUAUAUCAUUUUCAUAAUAUUCUCUCUUAAGGCAUUACAUGCCGUAAAUUUCAUACCUGUGGUCCAUAACUGUUCCCAGUCAGCAAACAUAAUGUUAUGUCCCUACGUCCUGUGCCCAUUUAAUCAUAGCCGAUUUUACCGUUUCAUCUUGAGUAUUCCAUUUCAGCAGCAAGUUAUACAUUCUUGACAGAUUCUUGGUAUUGGGUUCUAACAAUUCUGUUUCUAAUUUUGAUUUUUCCACCUGGAAGCCAAUUUUCCUGUCUAAUUUAAAUGCCUCCAUUAUUUGAUAAUAAUGAAGCCAGUCUCGCACUUUGUUUUUAAUUUUUCAAAACUCUGCAAUUUCAGUCUAUCUCCGUCUUGUUCCAAAAUUUCCCAAUAUUUCGGCCAUUUGACCUCCAUAUUGACCCUUUUCAAGGCUUUCGCUUCCAUUGGUGACAGCCACCUUGGGGUUUUAUUUUCUAGCAAGUCCUUAUAUCUAAUCCAAACAUUAAAUAAUGCUUUCCUGACAAUGUGGUUUUUAAAUGCUUUGUGUGCUUUGACCUUAUCAUACCAUAAAUAUGCAUGCCAUCCAAAUACAUUAUUGAAACCUUCCAAAUCCAAAAUGUCAGUGUUUUCAAGAAGUAGCCAUUCUUUCAACCAGCAAAAAGCUGCUGAUUCAUAGUAAAGUUUGAGGUCUGGCAGGGCAAAUCCACCUCUUUCCUUUGCAUCUGUUAGUAUUUUUAAAUUUUAUUCUAGGUUUCUUGCCCUGCCAGACAAAUUUAGAAAUAUCUUUCUGCCGCCUCUUGAAACAGUCCACUUUGUCAACAAUCUGCAAAGUUUGAAACAAAAACAACAUUCUAGGCAAUACAUUCAUUUUUAUCGCAGCAAUACGGCCUAGCAGUGGAAGCUUCAAGUUUGACCAAAUUUCUAAAUCUUUUUCACUUCUGACCAACAUUUUUCAUAGUUGUCUUUAAAUAAAUUCCCAUUUUUGCUGUCAUAUUAAUCCCCAGGUAUUUAACUUUCUUAACCACUGUUAACCCUGUCUCAUUCUGAAACCUCUCUCUUUCAAACGGUGUUAAAUUUUUCUCUAAAACCUUGGUUUUUAAUUUGUUCAAUUUAAAUCCUGCCACUUGACCAAAUUCUUGAAUCAGUUCUAAAACCCUUUUUGUACUAGAUUCUGGCUCCUGUAACGUCAAUACUAAGUCAUCUGCAAAAGCUCUCAAUUUAUAGUGUUUAGUUCCGACUGUCCUUGGCUUCUGUUUAGUAUUAGCUCUGUAGGCAAUGAAUUGAAAUCCCUGGGGGCAGGUUUCUCUGCUGGCAUUUACCCAGGACUCAGCUAUACAGCUGCAAAUAAAACGUUUUAAAUCUGUUUUAAGUGCAAUAUAAAAUGUGACACUAGAUGGCGAUCGUGAGCCUUAUAGAAAAUUCAAUAUAUUUUUUAAAAUGCUUUUUAAAAAAAGCAUUUUCAGAAUGAUUUUUAUAUGUUUGUAGAUUCCACCCCAGUUUGUAGCAGAGAAGGAAUGUCGGUGUGAUUGCAAAAGCUUCUCACCAGUCCUGCAUUUAAUAUCAGCCUUUGUUCCGGUCCAUGUUAAGGCCUUUGCCAAAUUGGGAGUGAUGUUUUAUGCCCACUCUGCCCUCCUAGCAAGGAAGGUGUUUCGUUCUGGGCCAAGGCAUCUGUUUCCCUGCAUUGCGAUAACUCCCAUGAGCAAAAGGGAGGCAAUUAUCUCACGCACAGAGUGGUUUGAAGAUGAAAAGCAGCCUGUCUUUCUGCCAGGAAGGUUAUUACUGGAACUCUGAAAGAAGCAACUUCUGUGCGCCUUCUAAAAAUGUCUCAUUUAUUUAUUUGGUGGCUUUUGCUGUGGUGUGUAGCAGCUUACAGGUGCAUUUGCUCAUAUGCAUCAAGAAUGCCAGGUGUUGCAUAUUUCUGUCGUUUUCUAUGCACACACACUGGGAUGCAUUUAUAUACAUGCAAACAUUUCUGGCUGCUCUUAACCCCACAAGCCAUGCAGCAAUGAGAUGGAACACAUUAUUAUUAUUAUUAUUAUUAUUAUUAUUAUUAUUAUUUAUUAAAUUUGUAUACUGCUUUUCAUCUGAAUAUCACAGGACAUUUUACAACGUAAAAAAAAAAUGAAAACACAAAAUACAUAAUAAAAGCAAAAGCAAAAUAAACCAAUUGCCCGUCUCCCACAGACACAUUUUUAAAGGCCAUAGAAUAUUGAUGCCCAUUCCACUUUGGUGCAUGUAGAAAAGCAGUAAAAUGGUGGUAUCUGCCUUAGGGCCUCAGCUCCCAUAGUGCCAGCUGCAUCAGACCAAAGGUCCAUCUAGUCUAAUUAUGGGCAGCCUUUCUCCUGCCAAGGACUGCAUUCCUUCAGGGCUUCAUUCCUUCAGAAGUAACCUGUCAGAAUAGAAGAAGACAUCUUUACCCUGAUAUGGCUCCCCUUUGUCACAUACACAGCCCAAAAACACAACGACAAAAAUCCACCAACAGCCUAUGAAUCAAUAUGGCUAACCUGAUCCAAAAACACACCCCCACCUCCACUUAAACACGAAAACAAAGUUCACCACAGCCAAUCACAAACGAACAACCACACCCUAGGCCAACCCCAACUUCUCUCACCACCAAAGGAACACAAGCGAAUAGUAAAGAGAACCUGCACAAGUGACGCUGACACAAAACCCCACACAUACACUAAGAAGAAUAGAAACAUCGCCUCCCGACCCCACCCCCACCCACCAUGCCCCCCCCUCCACCUCUUUCCCCCUUUUCUUCCUAAUGUAACCCUAAUGUCUCAACAAAUGAAACUGACCUAUGGAAAAUGUAAUUUGAAAAAAGAGACAUUGCGCAUACUUUUGUAAACCAAGAAAUCUCAAAUAACUAACUGACUAACUAACUGACUGACUAACUAACUAACUAACUAACUAACUGUCUGUCUGUCAGGAGCCACAGUCCAGUGGUGGAUGGGGCUGAAGCCAUCAAUGAAUGUGGGGCGAUCCAUUUCCUACUUUCUUUUCUCCACCCUCUUCUCUUCCCUCUUCCUCCCCGUCCAGUAGGCUGUCGAGGGAGGAAUUGUUCUUGCUGGAGGUGUUAACCAAUUGCUUUCAGGGGGCUUUUUAAGUUAAACUGAGGGCCACAUGAAAUUAAGCCAAGGGCCAUGCUUGGUUCUAGGGCUGCAGGCUGCCCACCUACGAUCUAGUCCCAGCAUUCUGUUUCCAGCACCAUCUAGCCAGACAACUCCUGGCCACAAAAGUGACAACCCCCCUCUGCUACCCAAAUUAAUUUUGUGUGACAUUCCUGAAUGUGUUUUUUCAGUUGGACCACUCUGAAUUCAGAAGCACUUCUAUAGAUGAAGAGCUGAGACAGCAGGAAAAGAGUCCCAAGUCAGGCCUCCCAAGGCUCAUAGACUUCAGCCCUGUGUGUUUCUGUGCUUCACUUGUGUGCUUAUAUAGCGUCAGGCCAGCCUCUCCCCUGUCUGUGUUCACCACAGUUUGGUGGAGUUGGGGAGUGACAGGGAUGUAGUCUACUCAUUUUAACCAUAAUGCCACAUUUCCCAGCCUUCAGUUGUGGGAAGUGGGUUGCAGGAGUGAUAACCCCUCCUUAUUAUUUACCAGAGGAGACCUCUUGGAUGGUUUGGAGGGUAGACACAAUACUUUAGUCAUAAACUUGUUGCUGAACUCUGGAGCCUGUUCUGGGGCAAAUCUUUGCUGCAGAGAGAGAGAGACCAUUUGGGUACCCAAGAAGCUUCACUACUCUUGUGUGCUAUUGUUUUCUCUACCCAGGGCAUGAGGACCUCUUCGGAUGCUGCCAAAGCAAGAACUUCAUAGGAGCUCCUUGCUCUUACUUUGCUGUCCAUGUGAUGGGUGCCCUUCUCCUCUUUAUGACUGAUGGGAUCCUGGUAAGAGCAACAAUUGAGGAGUCAGUGUCAGACCUACCCAAUUUGCACUACUGGGGCACUCCAGAUUCACUAGAAUGGGCUGUCUUUUACUUGAUCUGUGUAGCUUGGCUUGAGUGCUCAUGGAGAGCUUUCAGCUAAAAACUUGUCUCCCUCCGCCCAGCUGGUACUGCCUGCUGGUUCACUCUUAGUAGCAUUGCUUUAGUCCAAAGCUCAUGGUCUUUUCUGCCUUCUUUUGACUGCAUCUCACCUAAGAGUAUGAGGAAUUGGCCCUUUGCUUAAUUGGGCUGUUCGCCCAAGAUUGGCGCUGCAGUUGCUCUCUUACACUAUAUGUUGAAUUCUCACCCACUUAAAGUUGAGGACCACCCCACCACCACACACCUUUUACAAUUUUAUCCUGUAAGCCUUUCAUGGCCUGAGAGUGUUAAAUGUGGUGACCUAUAGCAGGCAGGCACUCUUAAAACCACAAGAAACAAGGCCCAGAGAAUUGUAACCACUAUUGGCUGAUCUCAAAUGUCCCUUCUUUGGGCAGGUUGGUGGAGUGACUGCUUUUCUAGUCAACUUCAAGCACUCAUUAUCCAUUUGAGUCUGGAUUCUGACUUUGAUUUGGAACUGAAACUGCCAGGGUUGCCCUGAUAAAUGACUUCUGCUAGGAGAGGAUGGGGGGAAUGCAAUGUAAUUCUGUUGAUUCUACUAAAUCUCUCAGCAGUGCUCAAUACCAUUGGCCAUGGUUUCCUUCUGGAUAGGGUUUCUGAGUUUGGGAUUGGGGAUGGAUGUUCCACUCCUACCUGGAGGGCCCAUUCUGGAAGGCAGAAUUGCAAGACUGGCCCACGGUAUUGUGGGACAGAGGUCCCUUGGGGAUCCAUUCUGUUCCCCCAAGAUGUUACGGCAUUUUUAUGAAGGCGUUUGAAUGGAGUUGGGUGUCACUGCACAGUGAAGUCCUUCAUCUCUGUCUCUUCCAGCUGAAUUGGAAGAAGUGUUUAUCUGGGGUUUGGAAGCACUAAUUGACACUCAGUCCUGAUAAGACAGAGGUGUGCUGUGUGGGUCAGCAGUUUGUCUGCCCAGGGAGGUGGUGUUCAACCAAUUUUGCUGAGGAUUGUACCCUCUGUGAAGGAUAAGGUGCCAGUGUGGGAGUGCUGUUAGAUUCAUCUUUAUCUCUUGGGCCUCCAGGGUCACGAGUUCCUUCUGUUGGUUGUGGCUAAUCCACCAACUGCAGUCCUUCCUGAGUAGAUACAAUCUUGAUGCCCUGGGAACAUUGGGUGGGCUGCAUGGGGCUGCCUUUGAAAACUGUUCAGAAAUUGCAGCUAGCACAGCACACUAACUUCGUUUCCUGACAUGGACUGAGUGAGGAGCUCACAUCUGGCUGCACUGAAACACCAUCCCUGGCUUCCAAUGAGAUUUAAGGUGCUGGUCUUAACUCUUAAAGCCCUUCAUGGCUUAGGACUCAAAUAUUUUGUGGGAUUGCCUUGUCCCAUCUCAAUCAGUUCAUUCGCCGACAUCCCCAUCACAGGCCCCUGCUGUCUGAAGUGUGGUGCGUGGUUACGGCACAGAUGGAGGGCCUUUUCCGUGAUGGCUCCUCAUCCUUGGAAUGCCCUUUUCAAGGAAGCCCACCCAUAGACCUCAUGACUAGAACUUAGGUGCCAGGCAAAAGCAUUUCUGUUUCCCCCAGGCUUUUCAGAACUGCUAAGGCAAGCAUUCUUAAACGCUAAAAAGUAAACUAAAUUUAAAUGCACUGUUGUGAUUGCAGUUUAAUUUUGUAUAUUGGUUCACAUGUGUUAGUAAACCAAUUAUUUUACAUUAUGCUUUUUCAUUUCUUUUUACUGUGUGUGUGUCCUGGGAAUAUAGAUCUAGAUUGGAGGUUUGUGUGAUAUAUAGAUUAUGUAAGUAAAUCUGGUCUCUCCUGCAGGGCGAGUAUUCUGGGUUUGUGUACAGCUACGCCGUGGAGGAACCACUCUCCGUGGGACACAAGGUGGCUGGUUACUUGCCCAGCCUCUUCUGGGGAUUCAUCACUCUGGGCCGGCUCAUCUCCAUCCCUGUGUCCUACAGAAUGAAGCCAGCAACUAUGGUUUUCAUCAACGUGGUAUGGCAAUAUCUUCUUCUUCUCCCUCUCUUCCAAGGUAGCAGAGAGGCUUAUUCUGGCUAUGGCGUGUCUGGCAGACCAGUAACAUGGAUAUAACCAGCGACUGGCACCCUCAUUUGGAAGCAAGAGCGUAUUAUUCUUACAGCUGAGGGCAAUGCAAGCAAAUUGGUUAGAGCAGGAAUGGGAAACCUGUGGCCCUUCAGACAUCAUUGGCCUCCAGCCCCAAGCAGCUGAACAACCUCUGGGUGGCCCCAGGCUCCCUAUUCCUGGGACAUUUCAUUCAGAGAACCCUGGAAGUUGUGCUGAAGGGGGGCAUUGACUGGAGAUCUCUAGCAAAGCAGUCUCCUUGUCCUUGCAUGCCUUCCAAUUCCAGGGUUUCUUGAGGGAAUUGUUAUUAGGGUCAGGCGAUAUAUCAAUAUACUGUCUUAUAUUGAUAUUAAGAGCAGUUUGUGAUAAUGGUUUGUUUGGGGUUUUUUAAUUACCUGGCAAUAGUCAUACCUCAUGUUACGUUUGCUUCAUGUUACGUUUUUUCAGAUUGCGCCCCAAGGUGACCUGGAAGUACCAGAAAGGGUUACUUCCGGGUUUCACCACUCGCACAUGCGCACAAGCGCCAAAUCGCACCAUGUACCUGCGCAGAUAUGGCGCUUCAGGUUGUGGGGUUUUCAUGUUGCAAACGGGCCUCUGGAAUGGAUCCCGUUUGCAACCAGAGGUACCACUGUAUAUCGUGAAUCGUUUGUGUGUGUGCUUGCUUGCAAUAGUCAAAAAACAUGAUACGGUGGUACCUUGGGAUGCGAACAGGAACAGGAUCCGUUCCGGAGCCCUGUUUGCAUCCUGAAUAGAACGUAAGACACAUCUGCGCGUCUGCGCAUGUGCAGGUCAUGUUUUGCCGCUUCCGCGCAUGCAUCUGUGCAUGCGCAAGUGGCAAAACCCCCGAAGUAACGCGCGCCGUUACUUCUGGGUCGCCAUGGAGCGCAACCCGAAAAUACUUAUCCUGAAGCAUAUUUAUCCCGAGGUAUGACUGUAUUGCAAAAAUUGGGAAGCUGGUGCUGCUUCCUGUCCUGUGCAGACGUUGCUAUUGCUAACUCUGCCUUAGCUACAUUUCCAUGCGUCCUGUAGUGGCAGCAGCAAGCUGACGCAAAAAUUGCCCUUUGAGAAAUUGUGUGUGCACUGCAGGGUAACUCUGCCUUAGCUCUCCAUCUCCCCUGCCUGCCUCCCUCCUCAGCGCUCUUGUCUCCCGAGCAGGCGGAGCUUGACAGCCUCCAAGUGGGAACUUCCUCCCUCAGAGACCCCAGGUUCUUGUUGAAAGGCAGGCACCAGGCUGGUAGGUGGCUUAGGCAGAAGCAUGGCUUCUGGAACCAAGUCCCCUUCUCUCCUCCUGUUCUUACGUAAAAAUAUAAACUGGGAUAAGAAGAAGAAGAAAAAGAAAAACACACUGCUCUAGCAUAAAAGCCGAUUCCCUCUUUCCCCUGUUGUGUUUGUGGGUCUGCGUUUGUCUGUGUGUAUGUUUCCCCCCCGCCCCACGUUUGUAUUUGUGUGUGUUGUGAAGAAGCACUACACUUAAAGAAAAUGAAUUAAACCAGCCUCUCUCUGCUGGCAGGCAGCAGGUCGUCUUAACUUUACUCUAAAGUAGUUAUCUCCCCCCCUCCCCGCUUCCCCUGUCCCAAGCAAGCUGCAGAGAAACUGCAACCACCAACAAACACGUUUAUUAUGCCUUAAUCUUAUAUUAGGCAGGAAUGGAUUUAUGCCACAGUAACCGUGUAUGCUCUUACCCAUGUUCACCCCUGAAUUCCAUGUGGCUUACUCCCUGACAAGCGUGUAUAAAAAUGCAGCCUAAAUUGCUUAGUCUCAAAGGCACUAACUAUGCAGGACUGUCAGCAAGGGAAGUAAUAAGCUUCUAGUCCUUAAGGAAAAGAGUAUCUGCCCCCCUCCAACUUCUUGUCUUCUGAAUCUACUUUUCAAGAGUGUGGAGUAAGGUGGAAGGAUAUUACGUGGACUAGGACCUUGGAGGCAUAAGUCCACUUGGACAUGAAGCUCACUGGGCGGCCCUGAGCCUAACCCACCUCAACAGAUUGUUGUGAAGAUAAAAUGCAGAGAAAGGGAAACCAAUAAUGCCACCUUGAGCUCACUGGAGGGAAGGUAGAAUGUAUAUAUAUAAAAAAUGCAAAUAAGGAGUACAGCCAGCAGUGCAGACAAGCAGAGUAGAAGCAAUUUGCUGUGUCCUGGGUUAGUGAAAUGAGCCUGCUCUUUGCUCCCGCUGUGAUGUCUGCUGGGGACAUCAGAUACACUAGUUGAGCUUGGUGGCCAUAUCUGUAAAAUCAAAGGGGGAUUUUCGAUGUGCUGCAACUAGUAGCAUCAAGUGGCGAUUUUCAUGCAUGAAAUGGCUCAGAUCAGCCGCCUUCUGCUAAAGCUCUCUUAUCUAAGACACUCAACGUGUGUCUUCUGAAGCUGUUUCCACGUUCAGCUGGGCAUUAUCGGGAGACGAGAUACCAAAUGAUGCCCACAUGUCUGUGAAUCUCUCCAGAGGCAAGGCUCAUACAGUCAGGGUUGUGUGUUGUCGUCCCUCCCCGCCCCCCGCCCCCGUAGCAGUGGUGCUUACUCGGUCUUUUUAGCUGAGCGCAAAAAAAAUCUUACUUAAUUUUAUUUUUUUCUCCAUUCCUUUUAUGUCAUUGCAGCUUGGAGUGCUUGUAACAUUCUUCCUGCUCCUGAUCUUUUCCUACAGCGUUGUCUUUUUGUUUGUGGGGACUGCCUCCCUGGGCCUGUUCCUCAGCAGCACUUUCCCUAGUGUCCUGGCCUACACUGAAGACAUUCUCCAGUACAAAGGUAAACCAGGUCUCUCCUUGUUCUUUCUUUCUACCAAGAAAGAAUAGCUUCAACAACCACAAUAAAAGCAGAGCCCUUUAAAUGAGGGCCAUGCUUUUAACUUUCCAAUAUAAGGUAAUCCCUGGUUUGUUUUUAAUUUUUUUUUGUCACAAGCUAAGCAAACAACCAAAUCCUCUGCGUAUUUGUUUAACUGUAGGCAUACUCUGUGAGAUGCUGCUGGACUACAACUCCCAUCAGUCCUGACCACUGGUCUUGCUUGCUGGGACUCAUGGGACUUGUAGUCCAACAGCAUCUGGAAGGCAACAAGAUGGUGACCAUUGUCCUGUUAUGUUCACUGGAUCUUACUGCCAGGGGAACGUGCAAGGAUGACUGCUUUAAGCACUUGGUUUAUCAUUAAAGAGCAACAUUUAUGUAUCUUACUCACUUGCAUAGGAAAGCCUUCGUCCUUUCCAUCAGCAUAGCAUUUGUACCACAGACGUCUGCCAUUUACAUUUGGGUGCCCUCUUCUGUUUCAUACUUUAUCACACACCCGGGGGGGGGGGGGAAUAUGUGUAUAUUUAAAAGCAUUUCAAUACCACAUAACAUUUCAAAAAUCUCCAAGAAAUCUCUUAAAGAUGGGACAUGUGCAUCUUGCUGCAUCUGUUCAGUCUUCCUUAUCUGCUUCUUGCAAAAAGUGUAACGUGGUGCCACUUUCAUUCCAGGCUGUGCCACUACUGUGCUGGUGACAGGAGCAGGUAUUGGAGAGAUGGUUCUGCAGUUGCUGGUAGGGUCGGUAAGUGUGCAAAAUCCACCAACGCCCUGCUGGGCAUAAGCUUUCUGUUGGUCAGUGCUUAGGACACUGAUUCUCAGGGCCAUCAGCUAGAGCACCAGUUCAGUAUUGUCUACAAUAGGGCAGAGAACCUGCUUGCUGGUUUCCCAUGAGCAUCUGGUGGGCCACUGCGGGGAAAGAGGAUUUUGGAUUAGAUGGUACAUCAGUCUGAUCCAACAGGCUUCUGAUGCUCUGUGGCCCUCCAACUAUGGUUGGAUUCUAGUUCCCAUAAUUUCUGACCAUCUUCAGUUAUCCCUAGCCAGCACGGCUGGUGGCCACGUAUGAUGGGAGUUGGGAGUCCAGAAUAUCUGCAGGUUCCCCAUCCAUGGUCCAGCAGCUCAACAUGAGACUUUCCCAACCUUAUCUACAGAAGCCAGCAAUUGACCCUGGGACCUUGUGCAUGCAAAGCAUGGAUGAUAUCCUGUGUACUUGUUCCAUUAGUGCAAGCAUUGGUGCAAUGCAACUUCUCCUCUUCUCCUCCCUCUGUCUGCACCCCAUGCCCUCCCAACAUCUUUACCAGGCGGUUGGGGGAAAACUCAGCGCAGAUUGGGGGCAGAUCUGGGGAGGUAAGCAGGAGAAGCUCCAUUGUGCUAAUGGAAUACAUUGCUUAGCACUGCUUUGGCUACAACCCUGUGUGUCCCACCACUGUCCUGAGAUGCUUCAUAAUGUUAAUGACUGUCUCCAUCCAAAUACUCCUGCAAGAAGGAACUCACCAUGUAUGGAAAUGCUGCUCAUGGUUUUCUGGAGUUUUUAGAAAGCCAGGCUUGUUCUGAAGCAAAGGGCAAUUGAUCUGUUUCUAAUAAAGUGUGAAAGAAACAGAGGAAGCAACCUUCUGCCAAGGCAAUUUGUCUACCUAGGCCAGGAUUGUUUGCAGCUCUCUGGGGUCUCCAUAAGAAUUAGUCCACAACCCUUGCCACUUUUAACUGGAUUGAAUCUCUCAUCUCCUGUAUGCAAAGUGUAUGCAGUACCGCUCAUGAUGGCUAUCACCUGGCGGCCUCUGGUGGCAGAACAUGCAACCUGCAGCUAUCCUCAUGUCACCAGCAUAGCCCCUUGGGUGGUAUUUUAAGCAUGCCCCUGCUUGGGAGGACGCAUUUGUCCAGCUUCUCCGCCUUGCCUUCUUUCAAACCCUUAAGGAAGGCACCGUGGUGUGUACUCAAAUCCCUCAGUGGCAUUUGGGGUGGGGGCAGUCUUCCUCGCUCAGCCUAACCUCCUUUGCAGGGUGGUUGUGAAGAUAAAGCUGAGGGGUAGGACAGAGGUGGAGCUAGCUGCUCCAGCACCCGGACCAGCCCACAUGCUAUGCACCCGGGGGCGAGGCAAGCAUCCCACGGGGCUGUGGCGGCUAUCUCCACCUCUGUCCCACCGGAGGGUGGCGCCUGCGAUGAUGUAACCCCCUCUCAGGGAUGACACCUGUGGCAGACUGCACCCCCCGCACCCCCUUCCUCCGCUAGUGGGGUAGGAGAAGAAAGGUGUGUAUUACCUCGAGCUGCUAGGAGAAAGGGCAGGAUACCAAAUUAAGAAAUAACACAGAGGUUUAACUCGAGCAAAUUUCUUGACAGAGAGCCUCCUCAUCCAAUGGGUGAAAAGAAAGUUUUUCUGUUUUGAGUCAAGGCAUUGCAUAGAGUGGCUCAAGACACCUUUGCAGCUGAAAGCUGGGCAGUACAUUUCUUGAACUCCUGCUCUUUCCCUUCUGAGAUACGUUUUCUGGCAGGUAGACACCCUAGGGAAACAGAUGGUAUCUGCUGCUUUCUCUGAAGGUCAGACAAUCUGUCUGAAACAGCCCACUCAUGGGAAAUGGAUCCUAUCCAACCCCCGUCAGCACGGCUGGUGCACUCUGACGUUAUUCCUCUGGCUCCCAGACCCAUUCAAGGCAAUGUGUGGCUCUCAUUUAGGUGCAAAGGCUGCCCUGAACCUUGCUGUUUUUCUUUUGCGACAGAUCAUUCAUGACCAGGGCAGUUACAGUUUCCUAGUGUGUGGGACCAUCUUUGGAGCCUUUGCCUUCGUUUUCUACAUCUUCCUUCUGUUUUCCCACAGGAUGCACCCUCAACCCCAAUCAGGUAAGGGCUGCCAGCCCAUUAUCCCAAUCUCUCCCCCUUCCUUCCACACUUCUGAAAAGAAUGGAAGAGGGGGGUACGGCAUUAGUGCAAAGCAAGCCAGGGUGUCUUGCUCCAAGGAGAAAAUGCAAGGAAGUGUUUGCUUUACAGCUGCUUCCUGCCUGUUCUUCCUGCCUGGCUUGGCCCACAAUGAUCUGUCUGGCACCCCGAACUUUACUUUCUUUACUGUUGGACAAAGUGGCUAAGGGGUGAAAUAAAGCACUUUUUAAAAACAAUAUAGCAGGAAAGUGGGGGUGGAGGAAGAGCUUAAAAGGUGCUAAAUCAAUUUUUAAAAACAAGCAUGAGUCAGCUUUCCUUGCUUAAGCUGCGGACAGACUUCAACAUUUCAAAGCCAGGAGUAGCCAAUGUGGCAUCCUGGAAAUUCAACUCCCAACAGCCCCAGCCAGCAUGGCGGACACUGGGGGGUGAUGGGAGGUGUAGUCCCAACACCAUCUUGAAGGCCACAGAUUAGCCAGCCUGCUCUUAAAUCCUAAGCUGGGAGGUAGUGGUUAAGGUGCUGCACUUGCACAUGAGAGACCAGGGUUCAAAUCCCCCAUUCAGCCAUGAAGUUCACUGAGUGGGUGACCUUGGGCCCAUGAUCAACUCUCAGCCCAGCCUACCUCUCAGGGUUCUUGGGAGGCUAACAUGGCGAGGGGGAGAGCCAUGUACACCACCCUCUGGCUCUUUUGGGGGAGAAGUAGGAUAUAAAUGCAAUAACAGCUAAAUAAGCAUGGUUUGUUUUACCUACCCAUGUUACAGGCUGGUGCACACAACUCACCCUGUAGAAUGGGGAAAACAGGCCACAAAGCUGUCAACUCACCAAUAGAGAAUACAAGAUUACAGUCUCAGUAGAACCAAUAAUUUAAAAAUGACAAUCUAAGUCAUGGCAAAAGACAGCUGGUGUAGCUUUGCAUCUGUACCAACACUUGUAGCAUGGAGAGAGAAAAAUAAGCCAUGAUCUGAAGCCAAGGCUUGUUCCUGCCUUCCCAGUUGUGGUUUUAUUCUCCCCAAAACAAACCAGAGUUUGGGCUGCAGCCAGUGGUUCCAUGAACUUUCCCUGCUUGGUUAAGGGAGGAGCAGAGCAGGUGCGCUUUGAGCUUUGUGCAUAGGAUGGUUAAACUAAUCCUGUUUCCACUUCUUGUUGCAUCUGCUGCUGUCAACAUGAGCAUCUUACUACAGUGUAUUAAGUCCAUUGUUUUUCCAGAUAAAUAGAGAUAUAGCUCAACUGAGUUAGGUGUAGAAUGUAUUAUGCAAGUAGUAGCAAAUGUCCCAUUAUGAGCUGAAGUGGCUCACCAGGUGGGGCAGAGCCACUGGCUAGCAGGAGGGUUACUAUUGCUUACCAGGAGAGAGAUGGAUGAGGCUGUGGACACAGUGCAAAUGCACUGGUAGGAGCACCAGAUUGACUCCACUGGUGCGUUUAUGCCACGCCGAUUUCCGCACGAUCUCACCACCCUCCCGCAGUAAACAAGAGUGACCCACCUGCUGGGAAGCUAGCGGGAGCAGCUUCACCCCGCUACCCGAUUAAGAGCCAGUUGUAGGCAAGACUCGGAACCACCCAGUGCAGUGCCAUGAAGACACAGUGAACCAAGAAAAGUGAAAUGGAAAUGCAUGUCUUAGAACAUGCAGAGAGCUAAACGUAGCUCUCUUUGAUGUGUGCACAUGGUUGUGUUUGGAAAGGGUAGAAGGUAUGUAGCCUGCCAAUGACUUCCACCUUCAAAGUCAAAGCUCAUCCACUGGCUGUUUCGUUUCUGAAUGGCUGCUGAGAGGAAUCUUGUUUUGCAGAUCUGGAUCUGUCACCGGACAAGCCGCCACCAUCAAUGGAAGAACCUGGACUUUAUCAGAGCUAAAGGAAGCCGUGAGUUUGUAUUUGGAUCAAGCACACCGUCACACCAACCAAAAGAAAGAUUUGCUCUUACCGUCUGGUUUAAAACUACCUGGAUUUUCUAUUCUCAGACUUGUCGGUUCCAACUCAUUCACAUCAGCCAGUCGGUCCGUCACUAGAGAAGAAUCACUGUAGCAAGAAUGAAGACUAGAAGGGCUGGAAUCUUGACAUGUGAAAGUUUAACUCCUCUGGUAACCUCCCAUAUCCCUUCAGGAACACAGGCAGUGAAAGGUGUAUUCCUGUCACUUUAGAACCUUGGGGGUGGCGGGAGGCUUCCUAAAGUUCAUUCACUGCAAACCAAGAGGCAGCUGUAGAUAUUUCUAAUUUGAUCAAGUUGCAAAACGUUUGCUGCAGCAUUAUGAACUCUAUUCACUGAUGCUGUACAACAGGCAUCCAGAAUUUUAUUUUAUUUUUUAAAAAAUACUGCAUCACCCAGGUUGAAGUAUUCAAGUUUUGUGCAUCUCCAGAUGGGAUUUCACAUGGCGGAAAUGCCAGGGCAGUGGGAAAGGUACAGUGAAACUAAUGGUGGGUUGAGUUCAGUAGAACCAGAAUAUACUGACGGUUCACAAUUAGUAGAGUAGAAGGAACAGGAGAGCUGUAGGCUACUUCUGUUGAUGGGACAGCUUUACCCAUGAAGUAUGAAAAUUUUGAAGUACAUGAAGCCAAACAUCAAGUCUCUUCCAUUUGUGCAAUAUAAUGAGGUGCCUUCCGGAAGCAGAACUUGAGAGGUACUGAAUAUUAAGAAGGCAGCCAUGUUCUUAAGAGAGAAGGUAUUGGGAUAGUUCAAAACUUAGCUUUAGCAAACUUGAGCUGGCUUUGUUGCAAUUUCUGUCCCACAGAUAGAUAUACAUGUGUGUGUAUAUAUAAAGGAAUGUUUAAUGUGAUUGCUCUUGUCGCAUGAACUCGUGGAGUAACUAAGAUGGGACCCAGCAACUUCACUCAAGUAGCUAUUUCCCCCUAGAGGCUUGUUGCACUGCUCAUUUCAAAAUUGUGCAUUAUACUGAAUUUUUCUGUUGUCAUUUGACUUCAAUUGCUAUGUUGCAUGGGUAUGCGCCCUCAUCUUUGAUUUCCAUGUUGUCCAAUCCUUAAAAUAUACCCGCCUUGAUUACAGAGCUUGUGUCAUCUUGUGCUCUAAGUUUAUAUAUGUGUGUUGGACCACAGCCUUUUCCAGUGGACUCCCUACAGCAACUGCUCCCUAGGAUUCUUGGACAAGGCGGCAGAACCAGGUAGACCUCAAUCCGAUUAAGCAAAAUGUUGUAUUUCUCAUGUGAACCUGAGCAACAAUAUAAUUUGUCUUUAACAGAAUGUUAGCAUUGCAAGAAUAUUGAGUUCUCAUGCUGGUUUACAGCAAGCCAUGGUUUACCAGGUGUGGGUGAAACAGCAAAAUAUCAUUUGCCAUAAACCAGAAGUGGGGACUUAAUUUCAUUCCACUGUGCACAUGAAGAACAUGCUUGAGCAAAAAUUACACCUGCUUGUUUAUGGCAAACCAUGCUUUGCUGUUGCAUCUGAUAGCAACCAUUGUGUUAACAGCAGGAGUAAAAGUUGCAUUCCUGAUUUGGCUUAUUUUGAGGUUACACCUCACAUGCAAUUAAUCCAUACCUACUUCAUUACUUAUUUAACAAGCAUAGACACUUUACAUGUACUGCAGCAUCACUGUUCAUCCCAGUAGCUAGCAGCCUUUAUAGAAAAUUAAUUCUUUAGUGUCCCUUUCAAGUGUAGAGAGAAAGACAAACAAGCAUAAUUUUACAAUUAUUCUACUAAAUAGGUAUAGCUUCUGUAACUGAAAAGGUGUAUGAACUACGUAAGUAUACGUUUUAAUCUCAAUUUUGAAAAAAUAUUGCUGUAAUAGCUAAAAAUAACUAGAAAAACAACACAUGUGCCUGCUCAGGAAAUAUCAGUUAGAAAACUGGAACCUUGAUAAAUUCUCUUGAACUGUUUCAGAUGCACCACGGGUGCAAGGCAAGAGACAUGAAUGCAGAAAGUCUGAAUGAGUUAAAGCUUUAAGGUAUUGGGCUCUAAGGUAUACACAUCCCUUUAAAGCACCCCAAAAUCCUAGGCACUGUGGUUUACCCCUCAAACUACAGUUUCCAUUAUUAUUUGGGGGAGGUGUUUUAAAUGUAUGGUUUGUAAAUAGCCUUGGUCUCCUAAAUUUGCUUCUCCAGUCUGAUUUCCUUGCUAUUCGUGUUCUUCAAACCACAAAUGGGUUAACAGUCGCAGAUACUUCAAAUGCCAGAAAGCAAGUAGAGGUUCAGUCUGUUUCUUCCAAAGCAGGUUUCUCAAACUGUACCACGAUGCCACCAAUCUAUUUUUGCUUACAGUGCUACAGCUGUGGCUGAGAAACCUAGAACAGUACUUAGCAAUGAAUAGGCAUCAUUUGAAUACAUUCAGAUCUUUGAGAAUGGUACCAUCACUACUGAUAGAGAAGAGGCACAUCUACAUUUAUAUAUUACACGGUUCAGACAAUGCUAGGUGAUUACACUGCUGCUACCUCUAUUUCAAGAAUCCAGAGUGAGAUGGCUAUUAUAACUGAACUGCAGUGACAACUUCUUUCCACUGCAGAAGAGUAACACUCCAAAUAAUGCCAUUUGUUAAAAAAUAUUUAUUUAAAAAAAUACAAUUAUUUUGCAAGUCUGGUUGCACAUAUUAACAUGAUUUGCUACACUGUUUAAAGCCAUCUUGCAUUAUUAUACAAAACAUAUCCCUCUGUCAGUUCUUAAACAAAAUAAGCAAUGCUUCCUCCAAACUUUACUUUUUUUAAAAAAAAGAUUACCCUAAACCUUUUUUGCACAAAAGUCUAAGCAAUAGAAAACAGUCACCUGAUUUUGCAGCAAAGACCUUCAUUAUGUUUGGAUGUGCAACAGCCAAUAUAUACCGACUUUUAAUAGCAAACCAAUCCACAAAAAUGGCAUCACUGUACAGUUUCUUGAAGACUUUUAAGACUAGCUUUUGACCGAGAAUUAUACUCCUGUAAUAAAACUGUUUCUUAAGAGGC